AUGGCGGCUGUGACAUUACUGAGGAGCUGGGCUGCUCCCGCCCGGCUGCUGGCAGGUGCGUGACUGACUUCCCGCCCUGAGCCUCCCCAACCGCCACACUCCGCGCGCUCACACUUCCCCCGCGACACUGGCGCGAGGCACAGGGACGCCCUACCCCCACCUCCUACCCAGUCCGCCACAACUCUAUGGUGCUCCCGCGCGCCCCUGCCCUGUCAAUGUCAUGUCCUCCCCCACCAACAUGGCUCCAACAUGGGGGGGGACCUGGCUGGCUGGCUCCAACAUGGGGGGAAGGGGGGGACCUGGCUGGCUGGCUCCAACAUGGGGGGAUAGAGAGAGAGGGACUAAUAAAGUUACAUUACAUUGUACAGUCACUGCUUUCUCUCUAUAAUACAGUAUAAUACUUGGAGUAAUGUAUAAAAGUACAAAGUAUUUUACAUUUAAACCAGUACCUGUCCAGACUGAAAGCAUCAUAUCUUCAGAGAGUUAAAAUGCAUGUUAUAUAUUAAAAUAUCACCAAAAUAGAGCCUGUCACCGUGUGGAGUACGAUUAAUACAAUUAUAAUUUGUAAUAUAUUUUAUUAAUAUAUAUGUUAUAAAAAGGUUUUUUUAGGUACAUGUUAAGCCAGAAGUUAAGUAUGUGUUUCGGAGUGGGGGAGGGGAGAAGGGGGCUGCCCAGCAGUAUGUAGAGCACAUGUGGUGCAAUUAGGAAAAACGUUAAUUAAAAAGUUAUUCCAAUCCUUGUGGUCAUGGUGUUGGGGGUACCCUGGCCCGGUAAUGAGGCAACACUAUGUUUACUGUGGGUCCAUUGACGUGGUGCCUGCUUUUGCAGAGCCGCAGAAAUCGCCGCCAUCGCCAUUCAUUGGUAGGUGGCUUUCAGCCAAUGACUAUCUGUGCAAAAAAAGUUCCACAGAAUAGACAUUAGGCAGCCCCGAACUCUGAUGACACCCUAAUUAUGCAUAAUCAUAAUGAAAUGCCAGACAUACAGACUCCGGGCACCAUAAUCACUUCAGGAUCACUGAAGUGACCAUAGUGCUUAGAGUAACCCUUUAAUCAGCUGCUUGCACUACUGCAGCAUAUGGUUGCUACAUACUACAUGGAUGAGCUAUUCAUGUACUGCCCAUUGGUCUUUAGAAGCAGUGCAAGAGCUGGAGAGCAUAGCAGGCCAAGCACACCAGGACACAUGUUAAUUAAAGGGACACUGUCGGCACUAUAACCAUUUUCAUCAUACUACAGCCACUUCAAUGAGAUUAGUUAGCGCGCCUACAAUGUCCUUUUUAAGGUUUCCAGAUUGGCUGUGUUUAUCCCGGACAUGCACUUUAUUAUUAUUGCCAUUUAUAUAGCGCCAAUAGAUUCCGUAGCACUUUACAAUAUUACAAGAGGAGGGAUUUAACUAUAACUAGGACAAUUACAAGAAAACUUAUAGGAACGAUAGGUUGAAGAGGACCCUGCUCAAACAAGCUUAGUUUAUAAAUGCACUUAUUUAUAUAGUUGUUUUUCUAUUGAAACAUGCUGUCCAAUGGAGUUUCCAGUGGUAUCAUAUCCAAAGUUAAUUUAUUACAGUAGUAUGAGGGAAUGUAUGUAUAUAAAAUCAGUCUUUGGCACAGCACUUGACAACUUGCUUAUCUUGGUGCAGUCUCUCAUGGUGUUACAUUGGCAGAAAGGGGAAUACUCAGGGGACUUCACUGAUAAAGAUAAACAUGCUUUUGUUGCAGCAUAAAAGACCAUGAACACUUCACUCUGACUGGGACAUUUUUAUUUUUAUAGAGAGAGAGAGAGAGAGAAUAUUUUUUUCCCCUCUUUGUUGUAUAUGAUGUUUUAAAAUAAAUUCAUUUAUCAUCAUUUUAUUGCAGUAAAAUUCUCCACCAUCCUGUAUCUAGCGUUAUCUGCAAGAAAUUUCUAAUUUUAUUUUCAUAUUUGUAAUUUACCCAGGUACACUUCAUGCCCGCACCACAAGUAUAGGGGCAUGGCAGCAUUGUUGCAGCCGACGAAACUUUAGUAACAGCAGAAUUCUUGUGGAGUUGGAUGAAGCAACAGGUGAGACUAUAUGGGAUGGGGGGGGGGACUGGGCAAAGUAGGGCACCAUAGUGUUAGGAUUAGUCAUCUUCCUAAAUUUAUAGUGUUCCUUUAACUAAAGCAAAAAUUGUAAUAGAAAAAAAAAUAAUACAAUUUUAGCAACAUGUUUACUUUGUCCGUUCACGUAAACCUCCCAUUUUGUAUUUACACUGUGGAUUAGGUAGCAUUCAUUCUGAAAAGAAAUAUCCAGAAUAUCCAGUAUGAGUGCGGUCGACUGGUCUAAGACAUUCUAAUUAUUUAAGGCCCAGCUUGAGAGGAUAGCUAUUAGUGAUUUAAUGACUGUGCCGUACAGAGAUCGUACCAGCGAAGGUUAAUAAUAGCUGACAUUGCUUAACAACCAGAUAGUUCAGCUGGUUUCAUAAUCUCUCUCAGAAUAUAAUAAGGCUUUUAUGUUGCCGAAUCUGAGUUUUAAGCCAUAUACUUGACAUUACUACUAUAACUCUGGCACUAAUCCUGCUAAAUUGGCUGAAGAAUGCUCCGUGGAACUUUUGUACCGACAUUUGCCUGUGUUUGGUAGAUAUAGCCUGUGCUAGGCUUCUGAGCGGCCUUCGACCAUACUCGAGGCGGGGAAGGCAGAUGAUCCUCUGCCUUGUCUGGAAGACAGCUUGCUUAAGAGCCCUGUUCGACUUGUUUAUACACACAAAUUGUGCAGUAUAUCGAUGCCAUGUAUCGUUUUGUCUUUUUCUCUGUCAUUAUCUAUUAAGUACUUAUUGACGCUGUCAUUGCUUGCUUGUAACCUCUUGCACAACAAAAAAUAAAGAAUUCUAAAAAAUAUUUAGAAUUUUAGUAAAACUUUUGUGAGAUUUAUGAUUAUUGGUAAACUGAAAACUAAAUAGUGACUUGAAGACUUAGCAACUUAUUUCAUUCUGUUACACAAGUUUUGCAGUUUGGUUUUCAAUUCGCAACAACGCAGAAUGUUUAUUUCCCAUAAUACGCUAGUGAGAACGUUUUCUCAUGUAUAACUCUUAUCAGGUGCAUUCUUUAAAAAAGACCCUUUUCUGCUCCAGUGAUGCAGGCAGUUCCCCCACCCCCACCCCCACACACACACUCCCCAAAAAAAUAAAAAGUCUGUUUUCUAAUGGGGACAAUUAGCCAUAUAUACUAAACUGUGAAUUUACCAGAAAGUGUAAAAUUGCAGGACAAACUAGAAGAUAUCACUAACUCUGCUGCGAUUUUCGAUUCAGUUCAUCACAUUUCACAUGUUUAGUAAAUAAACCCCUAAUUAUUUUACUAACAAAGCUAUAUCCCAGUAGAGACUCAUUGGAUGCUAUAACGUAUGACCCACAGUGAAGUACUUGUUCAUCUUAUUAUUUGUGUGUACACAUAUAUAUAUUUGUCCUCUUCUUUCUUUUUUCCUUUCUAGUUCACACAGACACUAAAUCUAAAGAUCCGUGUUUAAACAUUUAGCAACUGGCUUUACGUCCUAGGCCCAUAGUCCCGUAUGCUUUCCAUUGACAGCAUGUAAUGUAUGACUACAUGCCGCACUGCAACAGGCCUAUAUCAGGUUUCUGACUAAGGUGAUGUGCCCUAGUGAUCAAAGGAAGCAUCCUACGCUCCCCUGAUCUGCUCUCAUGCUGAUAAGGCCUGCGUACGCUGUAAUAUUUUUUUGUAUUAUUUUUUCUCUCUCUCUUUUCUCAGGGGUGGCAGUUCUAAAAAUGAAAAACCCUCCAGUCAACAGCAUGAGUUUGGAGUUUCUAACAGAAUUUUCCAUAACCUUAGAGAAACUGGAGAUGGACCGCGGAUGUCGAGGAGUUAUCCUGACCUCUGUAUGUGUAAAAACUGGUACUUUGCCCUGUGCUCUAACAAUUUGUAAUACGCAAGUUAUAAUAAAACAAAAGGAGUAAUAAAUUAAUAAAAAAUAUUCUGUGGACAUUCAGUAUGCUUAGUGAUAUUGUAACUCUUUUCUUUCUUUUUUUAAAAUGUAUUAUUAUUAAACAAAUGGAAUAUACAGGCACAUUUUCAGUAUCACUGAACUGUCGUACAGUAUCUGUGCUCGAGUACAAAAUAGAAAUGAAAAACUACGUGUGGUUUUUUGGGGGUGGGGGGGGGUUUACUCUAAACACAAUUGUUCUGUGUGUUGUUGCUUUUUUUUUGUUGCUUUUUUUAAAUUCACUUACUAAAUAAUUUUUGUUCCAUCCAUUGUUUAGGUUGUUCCCAAAAUUUUUUCUGCGGGUCUUGACAUCACUGAAAUGUGCGGUAAAAGUGCAGAGCACUGUGCAGCUUUCUGGAGAGCUCUGCAAGAAUUCUGGAUAAAACUGUACGGAUCCAACAUGAUGACAGUAGCAGCCAUUAAUGCAAGUAAUCCUCUCUGGUACUAGCAAAGCAUGUUGGGAUUGCAGUCAGGACACCAGUACUUAUUUUGAGCCAAUGCGCCUUGUAAAUCUAAAUUCUGGAAAUUCACAGAAAUGUUUAAAUUAUAAUGAACAAUCACAAAGAGCGUUUUUUUACAUGAUAUUAACAAAUAAGAAGUUUUAUGUUCCCCAUUCCCUUUUCUCUCUCUUUCUUAUAAUUAAUUUUACUUUAUUUUAAAGAUAAUUAUUAUUCUCUGUCUCUCAGGGUUCCAGUCCUGCUGGAGGCUGCCUCAUGGCAAUGUGUUGUGACUAUCGAAUCAUGGCAGACAGCCCAAAGUUUGCAAUCGGCUUGAACGAGACGCAGCUUGGUAUAGUCGCACCAUUUUGGUAGGGCAUAAAACAAAUCGUUUUAGUACUAAUUGCGCUACAAGAAUAUUUAUACUCUGGUUAUUUAUUUUCUUUAAAUCAUAACAAGUUUGGUACAGCUGGGGACUGCAAAGCAGUGCAUCUAAAUUUGUGAACUUCAUGCAAAACAAAAAUUGAAAUCACUGUGAAAAUUCAUAUGAAUUUGUUGUUAAAUGUGACCAAUUUUUUGCAGAGCAGUUUAAUGGGGGCUUGACAUCCACACACCUUUUUAGCCUCAUCCAACAUGCAAAUUACAUUUAGCCAUUUUCUUUUAGUAUCUGGGUUGUUGUCUUUGUUAUAUAUAUUUUGUGUAAGAGGGACAAUCUUACCUCUAGACACUGUAUGGAUUGUUGAGUAAACGUGCAUAAUUAAUUCUUAAAGGAUCACCUCAAGUACCAUAAUGGCUGCCAUUUGAUGAAAUUGUUAUGGUUGUAGCAAGCUAUAUCUGAAAACGUUGCAUUUUAAAUCCCUACGAUUUAACACACCUCCACCUCUAUCCACCAGAGGCAUCGUAUCCAAACCCUCUGUCCUUGAACGCAGACUUUGAGCAUGGUCAAGCUGUUAAAGUCUUUCUUGUUCAUUUGCACAAGCCAUGCUGAUGUAAUUAAUCUUCUCCUGCUACUGACAGGUUCAAAGAUGUUAUGUCAAACGUAAUUGGUAAUCGCAUGACCGAGCAAUCUCUCCAGCUGGGACAGAUGUUUCCUGCCCCAGAGGCGCUGAAGAUAGGUCUUGUGGAUCAGUUGGUACCAGAAGAUAAAGUAGAGAGUGCCGCAGCUGCCGUCGUGACUCAAUGGCUCAAGGUUCCAGGUAAUUAUUGUAGAAAGGUCUACAAAUCCCCAACAUAGACCUGUAUUCUAUGUUGGGGAUUUGCAACCCUAAAGACAAUCACUUAUCUCAUAUUUAUUUCUGUACAAAGUAAUGACGUUUAACUCCACCAUUUUAGCUAUAGGCAAACUGAUCUAACUAGGAUUAUUAGUUUAAUGAACUCUAAGUGACUUUCAAGUGUUGGGGAGGAGGGCAUUUUGCCUGAGGUUUGGGUUUUUUUUGUGGAGGUUUUAUUCUAUUCUAUUUUGUUUUUCUUGGUCAUGUUGACCUCAAUGCUCUGAUUAUUAAUAACCCCUUUAUUUAGGAGCCUUUUUUUUCUGUGUCUCCUGUUACUCUGAAAAGAUCUUCACUUAGGGCGUAUUAUUGUGGUUCUGUCUUCUCUUUCUGUAUCUGUUUGUCUGUGCCUCACUUUCUCUCUCUUUAAAGCCUUAUAAUAUACACCAGUGUUUCCAAAUGUUUAGCAAUAUUACAGACUGUAAUGUAUGAAAUAUUAUGCUUCAUUCACAGACCAUGCCAGGCAGCUCACAAAGUCCAUGAUGCGGAAGCAGUACGUAGAGAGGCUGGUGAGCCAAAGGGAAGCAGAUAUCAACAACUUUGUUAGCUUUAUCACAAGGGACUCUAUCCAGAAAUCUCUGCAGGCAUACAUGGACAGACUGAAACAGAAAAAGUAGUAAUCUGCAAAAAGCAGGCAGCACUGUAGAAAACUAAAAUUGGCCAUUACAAAAUAAAAACGUAUGAUGUGAGCAAGAACAGAAUCCUCAACCUUUAACCACUGUGGCUUUUUCUGCAUCAGUUCCUGCUGUUAAAAAAUUGGAUCUUUUGUCUUCCAUAUGCUAACCUCCUUCUUUAAAUUUCUAAUUCUAUUUAGACAAAUGACAUGGAGCCUUAAAGAUAUGAUCUGUAGGUUGCUCCUAGCGCGACCUGUUUUCUAUGUUUGAUCUUUGAGUACACAGGUAUCGUCAAACACACAUUUAUGUCAUUUAUAACAAUGAACUUUAAUAAUUUGUGAUGAAUAAAUAUAUUGUAUAUUUACAGUUUUUAUGUUCUUCUUUCUGACAUGAACCAGUUAUUCGCUAAACACGUCGGUGAGCGUUUGGUUUGGUUUUAUACUUUUACUACUGAAAGCCUACAGUAACUGUUCAGAAUGUGUCCUUUUCACUGGCAACCUUGAUCAAGCUCUGGAUUUACUCCUAAUAUGCCAAAUGUGGAAAUUUAAAAAACAAACACAGCCUAUUGAAAACGCCUGUCUCCAUGAACAGUUUUAAAAUAGUACAUAUCUAACUUUCUGUUUUGAAGAUGGAUUGUGCAUUAACACGCAUUAUCUGGCUCAAAGGGUGGAUUAUGUAUUACCCGCCUGGAAUUAAAUUAUCCAAUCAUGGCAUUGUCAUUGUAAAAGCCCUGCUUGAAUGUCUAUUUAAUUGCAACGUUGGUUCUAGGACUCUUAAGUGGGCUUUUUUUGAUAACACAACUUGAACAUAUUUUUACUUUUGUCUGCACUGCUUUUCAGGCAGAGUGCCUGCAAGGAGAUGAUGCAUCUUCCCUCCUCCGGAGCUUCUUUAUUUGUUUUUUUAAAAAGAAACCCUCCAUCUGCCUCCCACCCACCCCUCGCUGGCCCAGAGCACGCAUAUGAGAUCUGAGCCUGCAAAUAGAUCCGAUCAAAGGCUUCCCUAUGAGAAGCCGAUUUAUUGGACUGCGCACAGGCACAGCGAUAUCAGGUGGGGGAGCCUAAAAGCAGCGCUGGGAGCUUUGCAUGGCGCUGGAUUUCAGAUAAGUAAAAUCUUUUAUUACAGGUUUUACAGCGCAGUGCCAAUAGUGCCUAUUACACCAGAUAGGUCCCCCCUCUCAAAUGUGUUAUAGUUACCCUUUAAGGCCAGAGUUGCCAAACUGGAGGCAUAGAUGACUUAGAGAAUUUCCCCAGUUUGGCUAUUUUGUCUUUAGUAUGAAAUCUCAGCAAUUCUUACUGUAGUGAAUAACCCUGUAAGUGAUUCUGGGUUAUAUAUACUAAAACAUAUCAAAUAACUAUAGUUGUUGCACUUGUAUACAAAGUUCAAGGUAAGGGACACAUAUGAGGAAAUGUAGUCAGUAAUAUGCUUUUCGACAUAAGAAGCCACAUUUUAUUUUAACAAUGAUCAAACAUUCUGACCCAGCAUAUCACAUAUAGGCUAAACCUAAAUUAAUACAGCCGUUUCAAAAUGAUAUAUUGUGAACAUUUAUGGGAUGAACUCUCAACUCUAAACACAUAUUUUACUAUACAUUUGCACAUGUUGCUAAAAUUGUAUAUAAUGAAAGAUAAAUUUACAUCGUGGCAAUUUAUUAAAUAUGAAUAUUAUGCAUAAAAUGUAAUAUCAUUCGGAUUACUACCACCUGUUUCCAUCUAGAUACUGGUACGGCAACAGAGGAGGCUUUACCUCUUUAAACCCGUAAGGACUCAGGUCAUGAUAUGAGUUUUAUUUUAAUUAAAGUGGCACUUCAAACUUACCUUUCUCCUGUUGUUUCCUCUUUCAGAAUCUGUUCUUUUCUUAAUUUCUGAUUUUUCUCUUUAAAACAUUAAAACAAUGUAGGAACUAUUUUGUCUUCUGUAUUUUUCCUACGCUUGACUAUGGUGGAACUUAAAGGAUCACUAUUGUGUAAGGAAAACAAACUCGUUUUCCUGUCCCUAUAUAAUCCUUAGGACCCCCUCCCGCUGGGCUGAAAGGGUUAAAACCCCUUCAAUUACUUACCUUUAUCCAGCGCCAGGCUCCCUCGGAGCUGGUGAACUCUCCUCCCACCCCCAUGUCGGCUCCUGAGUCGCGCGCGUAUUCAAACAGUCCAUAGUAAGCAUUUCUCAAUGCUUUCCUAUGGACGUUCUGCACGCUGAAAGCGAUUUUCGCAUUGAGCGUCGGGGAAGUGCCUCAGGAAGACAGCCACUAGUUUCUCUGAAACUGCCAUGUUUACAUCUGAAGGGUUAAAACCUGGGGGACCUGGCACCCAAACCACUUCAUUGAGCUGAAGUGGUCUGGGUGACUAAAGUGUCCCUUUAAGACAAGCUCCACUUUGUCAAGAUAACAAAGAAAGCUUCCUUUAAGCCUACCCUAUGCCACAAUUGUCAAGUGUAGGCAAAACACAUCAAACAAAAUAGUCCCUACAUUGUCAUGUUUUAAGACAUUUUCUUGUAUUUUAUGUAAAAAUGAAGAAAAGAACAGAUUCUGGAAGAGAGCCGAGGAGAAAGGUCAGUUUAGGUAACCGAGCCACUUUAAUCGAUGUUACUAAACAUGUACUUUUUUUUUUUUUUUUAUAUAUAUAUAUAUAUAGUUUUAUUUUAUUUUCCAUUUGCCUAUAAUAUUUCUACUGAGUAUAGGACAACAAAGCAUGAAGAUAAAAAACAUGAUUUCCUUUUUAAAAAUUAAAAGAAAUUGCAGGGUAUACAGGGAUUGAGUACGUAUAAUCAUAUAUUCUAAAAAAAAAAAAUACGAUAUAAAAAGUAAUUUCAUGUUUCACUUUUUGGAAUUAAAGGGGGGAAAUGGCACAUUUAAAGAGCUGAGCAGCUUUGUAAUGUAGUGUCUGCAUCCAAUUUAAAAUGUAGAAUUUAAAAGAUCAAGAUCUAUCCAUGUGUAUCCGUAUGUGAUUGGUUCUUUCAGCAGAGAUGUGUGCUCCCCAUAGGAGGUUUGGCUUGCCAUGUUUUGGUAACUGACUGAGUUUAAGAUUAGCGCGAUAAAAGUACUGGGAGGCAUAUUGCGAUUCGUCUAAAAUUUACCAUGAGAGUGCUUAUGUGGCAGAGCCGGUUUAUAAAACAUUGAUCAAGAUCUGUCAGGAAAUUAUUUAUGUUAAUCCACAGACCAAGGAAAUUAAAAUUAGGGAAUGAAGGUGUGUUGAAGUUUAGGUCGAAUAAUUUUAAGGACCUCUAAUUCGGAUGACUUAAAAGAGAAUUAUCUAGAGCAUAUUCUUGUCAGGAUCAUAUAUAAAUUAAUUUCAAAAUUUUCCACUAUAAAAAUCUGGAGAAAAAAAAUUACAGUUCUGCUAUUUGGAUUUGAAUGGAUUGCCUCUAAGAAUGGUAUAAAUCAUACGAUAAAUGAUUUUGGGCAGCCUGUGAUGGUUCUAUUGAUGGCCAUUGCUACUCUUGUUAGCACCAGGAUUUUCUGAAAAUGUAAUUCUAAGAAAUAUCUUCAAACCAUUUCAGCACCUUUUCACCAAAAUCUUUGUCAGUGUUGCAAGUUUAAAAACAACAACAAUUUCAUCCUAUUAAAAAGUAUCCUCAUUGAUAGAGAGUAGAAGUCUGGUCUUUAUAUUAUCAAGGGUACAAUCAGUAUCGUCCCUUGCUGAUGUGAUUGAGGGAGCCAAGGAACAUAGAAAUAAAAGUAAGAUUUUUCAAACCAUGCAUCAUUAGUCUAUGUCCAUCUUAACGCCAGGGCUGUCAUUUUGCCCUCAAUGCCUUUGAGGUCACAGAAAGACCGGACCAAGGUUCCAUCUAAUUUCUGAAACACAUUCAUAUUAUCUAACGACUUUUAAAUGAUAAAUAAUCUAUAUUAUGUACACUUUGUGUAUUUAUAAGGGUGUAUAUAAAAAUGUAGUGGCGGUGUGUGUAAGUGUUUAGUAUAUUCACAUAUAAGGAAGAUGAGUACUGGUAUAUGAAUUUUCGGAUAUGAAGACUGAUAGCUGCAUCCAAGGUACAUCCUGACAUCACACGGGGCAAAUGCAGCUGAAAUCACCAUGUUGGGAGGGUACAUUCUGUCCUUCUUCUUGUUGAAUUUGGAAAUCCUACCUCAAGCAGAUUUCAGAUCCAUCUCCACAGGGAAAUGAUCACUCACCGCUAAAGCCUGCAAAUAUAUAGAUUUUGUUUGUGUUCACUUAGAAUCAUUAUACAUAAAGUGGUUAUGGUGUCACUGCAGUCUCAUUGCUCAAUUCUCUGCCAUUUAGGAGUCAAAUCACUUUUAUGUAGCCCUAGCCACACUUCCCAAGGCUGAGACUCAAACAGCUCCCUGCACACUUCCUGAAAACAAGUAUUCAUGGCACUGUGUUUAAUUUAGAAUUUUACAUCUCCUUCUCUGUUAAUUGCUUGCAUUAGCCGCCUGUGUGUGUUUACAUUUUCUUUUAUACCUGGUACAGAAAAAGUGAGUUUAGCACGCAGACUAAACCCUAUUUUUAAAAUAUCUUAUGUUCCAGUAAGCAAUUUUAAAAAGAUUAAUAUUAUUGUUAAAUAGUUAUUUUAGGGGCAGGACCAGGCACCCAAGAUGGCAGGACGUGCUUUCUAGUUGCUCCUGCUACCUCGAAUUUACCUUGAGGAUAAUCUGCGUUCAUCCUGCCACAUGACACUCAACUAAGUCUGCUAAAAAUUUUAUAUGCUGGACUCUGCUAUCGUGGCAUUGUCGGCCUGUAUGUUAUUUUGUUAUGCACAACAAAAAUAAAUAAUUUAAAAAAUGAAAAUAGUUAUUUUAUUUAUUUUGUAUUCAGUUCUAAAGUUUCUUUUCAGAUUGCAGGACUAAAAAAAAUUCAAUAGUAUAAGUGUCCCUUAAAGAAAAGCUGUACAUCAAUAUAGUUAGUAGACAUUUUUACACAUAUAGCUAUAUACUCACUUCCUCCGCUGUCAUUUUGUGCUUUUUCUGAAAGUUGUAUACUUUGGCGGAGUUUGGAACUAUUGCCUCCUGUAAGUCAGAGCCACUAACUACGAUCCUGAAAAAGAAAUGUAAUAUUCAGAAUACCUAUACAGAGCUAAAUUAUACUAAUAUUACAUUAGAACAGAUCUGUCACCUUUUUCUUAAUGUUUGUUUCUGUUCUCUGAAUGUAGGGGCUAUUGAAUAUCUUGAGAACCAGAAUGCUCAUUUUCUGGGUACUCACUGACAUUAACACACAGUCUAUUUCAUCUUCUACAUUAUAACUCUCCAAUUAACUUUGCUACUUAGAGGUCCUCACUACCAAAGACUCCAAGUUGAUUGCACCAGAGGUAGUUCUUCCAUUGAAGUGAUCCAUGUUUUUAUAGCAAAAUGAAUUACACUACCUCUGAGAUAAUGCCCCGUGAAGACUGAAAAUGUACUUGUCCUGGGGUUGGGGGACACUACUUUACAUUAAAAAUAUUUCAUUUUUGACUUGUGCUAGUAGAAUUAAUGAGAGAACCACUCUCCCCUCUCCUGUCAAUCAAUUCACAGUGAAGACAUCUAAACAUCAACUAACUGACAGACAGACAUGAACAGGACGUCUUUUUACUGAGAGGUUCUCCUGCUCAAUAUCACAACAACUACAGCAUAUACAGGGUAGCUGCUGUGAUUAAUCCUCUCACAUUUAUGUGUCACAUUUGGUUAAGGAAUAUUGGAGUGGAGGGACAGGUAUUGUUUCAUUUUGAUCCCAAUGUUCUGGUUCUGAAUUUGUCUGCAUGUUAGCUCUUUAUAGAACGCUAUAUCAUAGCUCUCUUCAGCAUCUCUAUCCUCACUGUGAAUGAGCCCCCUCUUAGCAGCUGGCCUUUACCUGUCGUAUGCACAGUUUGACGCUCCCACAGUUGUAUCCACCGAGUCUGCGAUGAGCCAGGAGAAGACAUCUUCAUUACGGAGACGGAUAUUAGCCCAAUCAGACGAGGACACGUAGCUGCAGGCGGCAUUAAAAUCUCCUAGGAAAAUGAUGUUCUGCAAAGGAUUAAAGUAAUUCAAUUAAAACCCUUUACAUUCACUUGUAAAAAAAUUUUUUUUUUAAAUUGCCUUUAUAUAGGCAAUUGAAAUGGUUGGCUGCACUCACGGAUUUUUCUUAAAACUUAACUUUUAUUUAAUUAUAUAAGCAGAUCAACGUUUCAGUCCCUCUUGUGGACUUUCAUCAGGAUCAUCCACAAGAGGGACUGAAACGUUGAUCUGCUCUUAUAUAAUUAAAUAAAAGUUAAGUUUUAAGAAAAAUCCGUGAGUGCAGCCAACCAUUUCAAUUGCCUGAAUACUGGAACCCUGCUGAUGCACCCGGUUAUACAACAGUGAAGCCUGAGUGCAAGGUACGAUAACUUUUUUAUAUAUAUAUAUAUAUGUACAUAUAUAUAUAUAUAUAUAUAAUCAUCCAAAAUCUGGCACUCUUUCCAAAGUUAUGUAAUAAUAAUUACAAAAAACACCAGGGUGCUUCUCUGUAUAUAUACAAAGAAAAAUGGAAAAAUGAGAGCACUCGCUGGAUUUAACACAAAUUAUUUGUAUUUAAAUGGUGAACAAAACAAUCAACAUUUCGACCGUCUCGCGGUCUUUAUCAAGAUCAUGAUCUUGAUAAAGACCGCGAGACGGUCGAAACGUUGAGAGCUGAUAGCACUCGCUGGAUUUAACACAAAUUAUUUGUAUUUAAAUGGUGAACAAAACAAUCAACGUUUCGACCGUCUCGCGGUCUUUAUCAAGAUCAUGAUCUUGAUAAAGACCACGAGACGGUCGAAACGUUGAUUGUUUUGUUCACCAUUUAAAUACAAAUAAUUUGUGUUAAAUCCAGCGAGUGCUCUCAUUUUUCAAUUUUUCUUCAUUUAUAUAUAUAUAUAUAUAUAUAUUUACAUACCAAGAGAGCUGUGGCGGGGGAAAAAGUGUGGAUGAAAACCCCUUAGUCAUGAAGAAAGUGGAUAGUUAAUACAUUGCUAAACACAAAUACACACCUGUCAAGCCAGAAGACUUGCUUUUCCGACAGAAAUCUCACUUUAACAGUGCUCUCACUACUGUAAGGGAUUCUGGGUAGGAAUCCAUCUAUAAAGUGGAAUUGAGGCAAAAAUUUGGUUCUUUGUUGAGCUUAUUUGCAUAAACCUACCCAGUAUGACUUGACUGGUGUGUGUUUAUGUUUAUCAAUGUAUUAACUAUAUAUAAUAUAAGUGUAAGUGUGUUCAGGCACAUAAUAGGUAGAGCAUUUUAAAAAGUUUAUAUUAGUAAUGCAAAACAAAAAAUAAAAAAACAGAGAAAGAGUCUUUCAAUGUUCUGAAGGAAUGCGUUGUUGUUGACUUCUUAAGCAGCAUCCAGCAGACAUUAUAAUAACUAACUCGCCAGUUUCACUUGGGUGCUGACUGCAUCUAACAGGGUUAAUCGUUAAAGUGAGAAUUUUGAUCUCCCUGCCCGCUGAGCGAAGGCCCCCUCAAAGCCAGAGCCGAAGCUCCAGGUCCCUGUCUGAGCCCGGACUCUAGGCCAAAGCAUCACAGAGAUGCUGUUCUACCCCUGGUCUCUCCUGCUUUAUAACUUGUAAAUACAUGUGGCAUGAGCAAUGUGUUUUUGAGAAAGGAAACAUCAUAACAUCCUUCACAUUACAUUAAUGUGAUAGCACAGUACAUUUUAUGUCAGCACAACCGGAGCUAACAAUGUACCGGUCCUACAAACAUCAUAAUCUCUGUGCUCUCACCCAAGAAACAUGUCCACAAACCUAUAAGAUGUUUCCCUGUUGUAAUGUCACAACUUACAUCUGUCUCCCAUUUGUUCCACACGUCUUCGUAGACAUCAAAUAACCCAUCUAUCUCACGCACGGCGUCUUUAGGGGCAGCAUGUAAUGGGACUAACACAAAACUUCCGAUAGCUAUAGAAAAAAGACAUAGACACCACAGUUUAGUGUUGGGUAAAUGUAGACACGACUUAAACUAAUAGCCAUCUCUCCCUCAUUGCAGAACUUCAAUUAACAUUGUCCACUGUGCAAUUUGAUGGUUGCCUCAAGUUAACCAACUGUCGAGUUACAAAACAAGAAGACCACCAAUCUUUGGACCAAUAAUGGAUAUGCCUUUCUAAGUUCCGAACUGGCCUUGACCUAUAUCUUUACAUUAAUGGACACCUUAUAGGCAGGACUGAUCCUAGAGGGGUGCACAGGGCAAAGGCCCUCUACGUUACGACAUAUAAGAUGAUGAGGCAGCCAUAAGAGUUUCUUAAAAGACAGUUUGUUUGGUUGGACUACACCCUUUAAACAAUCUUACAUUUUAAGUAGACUGGUAUAAUUACACAAGAGGUAAAGGUAGGAUAUAUUUCAUGUAAUGGAAAACGAGGGCUGGCAGUAGAUAGAAGAAUUAAUACUUUGUUUUAGAUGACACAGGAGAGGAAGCAAUGUGGGUUAGUGAGGUUUGGGGAGGGAACGAUGUUAACAGUUUCAUUGAUUGAAAUAUAAUCAGCUGCUGGCAUCCUAGUCACUGGGCUAUGUGUGAAUCGGUAUAAAUAAUGCACACAGUACACAGCAGAGGAUGAGAUGACUUCAGACUAAUAAGACAUACUUAGCUUCUUCUGGUAUGUGUCACCUUGCAGUCUCACUGUAAGGAAUCAAGUUAAAUCCUAUGUCUCUCACCUGUUCCCGGGGCGUUGAACAUGACCACAAAUGGCUCCCUGCUAAAGGUGUCCUCUCCGGUGUACAUGUUGUGAUCAUGGAAGUGAUAAGAGUCUUGCACAGAUACUUUGUCAUUCCUAGAAUUAAAAUAUAGAUUAGAGGUUUGGACACAACAUGCAGAUACCCUACCUCUAUUGUAGCGUGGCAGACCUCCGGUCCGGUGCGCGGUACAGGAGCUUUUGUUUCCUGUACCCGGCCGACUGAGCACUUCCUGUCAGUCCGGCCGGGUACAGGAAACGGAUGUUCCUGUACCGUGGACCGGAAGCUCGGCCACGCUACACUGAGGGACAGGCAGGAGGGAGCACUCUGCGCUUCCCUCCUGCUGAUCCCUCUUUACUUGCGCCCCGGGCCAGUGCGCCCUCAUGGACAAGCCGGCCCAGACAGUGAUGCAGCCGCCUGAGGCUCUCUAUAGAGCGCUCAGGCGGCUGCUGCAUUUGAGUGGUUGGUGCUCCUGGCGGCGCCCCUACCUAAGUUGCCUAUAGGAAGCACCGGCCCUGAGAUAGAACUUGUGUGUAAUUAAAAUGAUAUUCCACUGCUUAAAUCAAAAAUAAACAUCACUGUUUAGUAGAUAUAAACCCAAUGAAAACAUGCAUGGAUUUAAUUACGUAUUUUUAUAUUGUGGGUAUAACAUAAAAACAUCUUACAAACGCUACCGUCCCCUAUUAUCCCUGCCCAGACUUUCUGUGGCUGUCCAAUCACAGACUUCCUAAUGAGAAGUCUUUGCAAGGCAGGUGGUCUGAGCAAUUGCUGCCUCUUCAGUUUACGUCCACUGAGUUAACCAAACCAGGAAGUGACAGGACCUGCUGUCUGAUUGACUGCCAGGUGAAUGUAAAAAGGUUAAUUUAUAAAAGUGUCAAUUUCUUUUGAAAUCUGCAUUUUUUAUAAAAGAAAAUCACAGGGUGAAUUCAAAGUGCAUUUCAAAUUUAAGGCCAGGUGAACCGGAAGCAUAGCUGCCAAUCAGGUUUAAGUAUUUGUGUAAAGCUUGGCCUCCUCGUAUUUUAUUGGCCAGCGUUAACACCUUAGAGGAAGCUGUCUCUUGUUUCUUACCUGUAAACAAAUAGGUAUCGCUCUGUGUAGGUGUCUCGUCCUAAGGUGUCACUGACCAGGUACGAAUAUACAUCUCCAGAUCCCAGGCUAAGGCCACCAAAAGAGAGAGAUAUUAUUAGAUUUUACUAAAACAUAACAUCAAGUCUUGAUUUUAUUAAAGAUACUGAAGAAAGUAUUAUGUUCGUUUGGAUAUCUCACGUAGAACCAAAACCACCAUUUCUCUAGUAUUUUCUCCUGCUCUCCUUCCCUAUAUCCUAUAAGCUUCCCUAUAUCCAGUUCUGUGUCUAAAGAAAUACCAACAUCCUACUUCGUCUGUUCGGAAUCCUGAAUUUCCCCAUCUUUUUCUGUCUUUUCAAAAAUCUCACAAACUAUUUCAACUGUAACACUUGCUCGUUGGGUCAAAUGACUUUGGAUUUGGCCGGGAUUGACAUUUCUGUCUUUGGUUAUUAUUCUUAUUAUUCUUAUUAUUUUAUUACUUAUAUAGCACAAUCAGAUUGGUUCACUUUUUACUUGUGAAGCAGUGGCCUCAAUUUUUCUUUUACAUCAGGAGGAAAUUGGAAGAUAUUAUGAAAUUUGCUGAUUGGUCUAACUUCUAACGAAUCUACUUUUAAUUUUUUUUUUUAAAUCUUAAGCCAAUUCAACACAUUUCUUCCUUUAAACGAGCAUAAUAUGAGCCUCCACGUCUUGUAAUAAAAUUAAUUGAUUUUACUAAGACAUGACGUAAAGUCCUGAUUUUAUUAAAAACACGGAGGCGAGUAUUAUCCCACCGUAUUUUUCUUCCCUCCCUUUUUUUAUAUUUACAUUAUUAUAGCUUAUAGGUAUUAAUUGUAUCUAUUAUACAUGUUUAAUGAUUAUUAUCUAUAGUAAUUUUUGAAGUCUAGUAUAUAUCUAGUUAAUUUCAUAAUUUAGUCAAUAUCUUUACCUCAACGGUUGGUAUAAAUUUACUAAUUUUAUUUUAUUGUGUCCAUGAUGUAAUUCUGCAUGGACAUAUGAAAGUGUAGAGGAUUUUCAUCUAGCUUCACUGAGUCCAAUUUCGGUUUUCUUCAUAUUCUGAGUUACUUGUUAUUCUUCAUUCAAGUUAUUCAUCAUUCGUUGGGUUAUUUUACCAUUGUUUGAUUAGUAACCUGUUUCAGUUGCAAAGAAAGAGGACUUUGGAACGUUGUCUACGAUAUCUAUAAACUGCCAUGUAACCUGAUUGGCUAACCGUUGUAUAUCAGUUGAUGCAAAUUUUUAAAUCUGUUUCCGUUCAUUUAUUAAUUCUCUUUGCAGCUAUAAUUAAGUAAAGAAAGAAAAAUGCAUAGUGUGAGCCUCCGUGUCUUGUAAUAAAAUUGGUAAAAGCUUUCACAAAAGCACAAUACCAAGUAGCAUAAUCAGUGUAGUAUAAAACAAAUAUUAACAUCCCUCAAUAAAUAUUAAAAUCGAAUGCGCUAUAAUUUAUUUUACCGUUUGAAGGAGAUGACAGGGAGUGUCUACUUCCUCAUUUUUGUUUAUAAACCUGUACUACGCAAUUUUAAUUUGCUUUAUGUGAUAUGCAAAAUUGUUUGAAAGCAUGUUUUCAUUAACUUACUGAUUUCUAAUUUCUUGUUGCCCCAUUUAUAAUCAUGUCGCUACUAUAAAACCCUCCAUAUUUUUGUCCUUUAUUCGGUCUCUUGCGUCUCUCCUCUUUUAUUCUUAUUAAGCUGCCAGUUCAUAGUUAUCUGGUUUUUGUACGAUGGAAUGCUGGAAUCAGUGUGAUAUUGCUCAACAUGACAGAACUUCCUCAUUAUUUAGACUAAAUACAUUCAACGUGGACAGCAAUGAUAGGCUGAGAGCAUUAGUACUCAGGUUGCAUGGACUCUCAUAUUGAAGUGUAGUGGUUAUGGUAAUACCUAAUUACAUUAUGAGUCCAUGUAUAAUAGUAUGCCAUUUAAUAUUAUUUCCAGCAUGAGCGUCUCAUGUGAACGAAUGUCUGAUAAUUCUGUUCUGUUACUGCAAAUUGGGUCAAGGUUUUAUGAAGCAGGUGAUUGACAAGAAUGUCUCCCGGUAGAAUUUCUGUAUAUAGGACACAGCAGCAUGACAUUCUCCAUGAGUGAUGUUUGACGUGUGGAUCUUAUCGAUGUAUUUCAUUAUCACUGACUGGUAGUCGGAUUGAUCUCGAUAUUGUCAGACUCCAUGGUAGCUGGGGGAUCUAAUUAUUAUUAUUAUUAUUUCAAAUCUUUACUUACCCAUUGAGCUCAUCCAUGAGUGUUAUGACUGCACUCAGAUCAGUGUCCCUGACUUCCUGAACUAAGACGAUAUCAUAACGAGGCAAUACCUGUAAGUACAAUAUGAGAGUUAAUGCCCUUUUUGAUCUGUUUUUCUCAAACUGAUGGGUCCUUCGUGGGAACAGAAACUAGAGAAAUCAUGUUCCCACAAUUAUCCCAGAGUCCCCAGUUUGAUAUGCAAAUGAGCACAGACAGGCAUUGUGUUUUAGACUGCAUGUCUGCAGAGACAAUGGACACUGGACAGUGUUUUAAACACCAAUUUUCUUUUUAACCACUUAAGGACACAUGACGGAAAUAAUCCGGCAUGAUUCCCUUUUAUUUCUGAAGUUGUGUCGUUAAGGGAUUAAAAAACCAAAGCACGGGCUAUGAACCCAAGUGAUCAGUGACCAGAAGCAACCAUGGACUGAGGUUUCAGGAUUGUGGGUCUCACCAGCAUGGCGCUGUUUCUGGUCAGGAAAUUAAAGUCGCUCUGAGAACAUACGACUGGGUACCAAAAAGAUUAUGGUGAGACCAAACACGAUAACACUCCCCACAGUGGAAAUACAAAAAGGACUGCUACAUCACCUGCCUAUCUCAAGAUGGACUUUGAGAAGUCCUUCUUGGGCACAGAAAUCAUGACUAUCCACAACAAUCCCAGAGUCCCCAGCUUGACAUGCAUAAAUAAUUGAUUUACCUUUAGCAGUAUUGUAGCUACUGCCGGAUUCUUCAUUUUUGAGUCUCCAAAAGACUGGAUGUUAAAUGCUCCAAUCUUCAAAGCUGGAACCGCGCUCAGGGAGAGAGCCAGCGACACCAUAAAGAUUAACCACAACAUCCCUGUAACAAAACUCACAGAUCAGACAUUUGACCUUUCAGAUCAAUAUCAUUAGGCAUGAAACUAUUUUAUUCUAAUGAAAACCAUAUUUCUCUUUUAGGUUUUUCGGAAUUUCUGUUGAGAUUUUACUUCAUAAGAAUAGGCUUUUUUCUUUAUUUUUUAUUUUUAAAUUUGUAAUUUCAAGACUUGUUAAGUUAUAUAAAAAAUGAAUUUUAGCUAAUUGUACACUGAUCAGCCACAAAAAAAAACCUUUCUUAAUAUCGUGUAGGUCCCCUCGUGCUGUCAAAACAGCUCUGAUGCGUUGGAGGCAUAGACUUCACGAGAAUUCUAAAUGUGUCCUGUAGUAUCUGGCACCAAGACAUUAGCAGCACAUCCUUUAAGUCCUGCAAGUUGUGAUGUGGGGCUUGUAUGGAUCUGAUGUGUUGUUCUAGAACAUCUCACAGAUGCUCAAUCGGAUUGAGAUCUAGGAAAUUUGGAGGCCAAGAUAACACUUUGAACUCUUUGUUUUGUUCCUCAAACAAUUCCUGAACAAGUUUUGCAAUGUGGCAAAGUGCAUUAUCCUUCUGAAAGAGGCCACUACCAUCAGGGAACAACUUUGCCAUGAAUGGGUGUAAAUGGUCUGCAACAAUCUCUAGGUAGGUAGUACGUGUCAGAAUAACAUCCACAUGAAUGCCAGGACCCAAGGUUUCCCGACAGAACAUAACAGCAUAACACUGCCUCCGCCUGCCUGCCAUCUUCCCAUAGUGCAUCCUGCUGCCAUCUCUUCCCUAUGUAAAUAAUGCACAUGCACCCGGCCAUCCACCUGAUCUAAAAGAAAAUAUGAUUCAUCAGACCAGGCAAACUUCUUCCAUUGCUCCAUGAUCCAAUUCUGACACUCACGUCCCCAUUGAAGGUACUUUCGACAGUGGACAGGUGUCAUCAUGGACACUCGGACCGGUCUGCAGCUAUGCUAUCCCAUGUUCAGCAAACUACGAUGCACUGGUCAGCAUUAUGUUUUUCAGCAAUUUGAGCUACAGUAGCUCUUCUGUGUGAUCGGACCAGACAGGCUAGCCUUAGCUCCCUAUGUGAAUCAAUGAGCCUUUGGUACCUAUGACCCUGACACUUGUUAACCAGUUGUCCUUCCUUGCACCACUUAUGUUAGGUACUAACCAGUGCAUACCUGGUAGACACCACGAGACUUGAUGUUUUGGAGAUUCUCUGACCCAGUCAUCUAGCCAUCACUAUUUGGACCUUGUCAAAGUCAUUUAGAUCUUUUUGCUUGCCCAUUUCUCCUGCUUCCAGCACAUGAAAUUUAAGCUAUGACUGUUCACUUACUGUCUUAUAUCACACACCUGGACAGAUGCCAUUGUAAUGAUAUAAUCAAUGUUAAUCAGUGCUGUCAGUGCUUUUAAUGUUGUGGCUGAUCAUUGUAAAUGCUUGGCAAAAAUAGCUGAAUUGGAAAAAUCACUCAACUAAGCUGCUUUUUCCAGAUUAGACAAAAUUCUAGAAGUGGUGCAAUCAGCGGGAACAUUCAGUUGGUUUCCAUAGUGACUGCUCAACUUUUAGAAUUUAGCUCCACUUCCUGUGUAUACGCAAACACCAAAGUAACUGCCCAACUUGUUUCUUUAGUCAUGCUUGUCCUGGUCAUAUCUUGACAUAUUAGUAUAUAUGUGUUUUCUUUUUUAGCCAAUCAGAAAAGGCAGGUUUACAAAUGUUUAUGUCCAUUGUCCUGUGGCUGUUAAUUUUGAAAUGCUAAAUUUAGACUUGAUUUAAGUUUAAAUGCUGAAAUUAUGACUCAAGAUCAGCUUGAUUCAGCUAGCAUCAAGGCGAAUAUGUUUUUGUUUGAAGAAUGAUUCAAGCUGAAAUUAACCUCGUACGUAAAAUAGAUAUUAUCUAACUGAAGGGUGUGUUGUUUUUUUAAUCAUGUAGGGUUAUUGAAUCAUGCCUUCCUUUUGACACAUACUUGAACGUUUGCAUAUUUAUGAAGACCCAUAAUUACUCGACUUACAGGCCAUCAGCUUGUCUAAUCACUAGCCGUCAAGAUACAUAUUUUACGUUGACAUCUCGUGACAGCAUUACAUGACAGGCCACAAAUUCAGCCCAAAAUUAAAGGAAAACAUUAGUUAUUAUUUCUGGACUCGUGUUUAUGGACAUUCUACUUAAAGGAACACUCCAAUCCAUUAAAGCACUUCAGCUCCUUGAAGUGCUGUAGCAAUUAACUGUCUGUGCCGUUUGUCUUAUUAUAAAAAUGACGAAUUCAAGAGGAAUCAGCACUUUUAUAUAAACUCUGGGCAGUCGAGAGAGCUCAAUGCAGACGUGGGGACAGCAUACACCAUGCUUCUCAGUGCUUAUCAGUAGGAACCAUUGGAUUGGCCAGGAGAUUGUCAGUUCUGGUGAUCUCACAAAGGCCAAGGGACCGUUUGUCAACUGGAUUAGAGGUAUAUAUAAGAAUUUUUGGUGACUGAGAUGGCCCAAAAUCUAAACUGUAAGUGUAAGACACCAAUGUUAUGUAUGAAAAUUUAUGUUUUUCUAACACUGGAGUCUACACUUAAAUCACACCGUUGACGUGAAGAUUAGACCAUAAUGCUGACAGUUGGCGCACACAGUCUGGCUGUGAGGGACAUAUUUCUUGACCACUUUACCAACAUGGCAGGAGGAUGAGGAAAGUGGGCAUCUUAUGCACAAAUGUGCCUGUUUUCAACCUUCCCUCACCACAUCUCCUCCACCUCUGCAGGUUGGAUGGAGAAGCCAUUAUUGAACAUCUGCUUCAGUUUUGGGUCCACCUCGGGAUCCAUUUGGGGCUGAAUUUGUGGCCCAAAAAAGAACGUUUGGUGAAUGGCAGGUAAGAGGAAUAAAAGAAGACUCCAUGGGACUCUAGAAUCACUUGCAUAUUUACAACCAAACCUGAAUGAGGGUGCGGCUAUUGCUUGUGGGACACAGGAGCGUCUUAUUCUCCAAAUAGAAAAUUGUAGUAUGUUUACUCACCAAUUUAUUCACCGAUUUUAAAAAAUGAUUUCACAAAAAAUAUGUGCAAAUCAAACAUAGUAAAUUAUUUAUUUUGGCAUUGUCUGUUAAUUUUAAAGAUAUUAAUCCCAUUGUACAGCGCCAAAGAGUUUGCUGGCGCUAUAUAAAUAAUAAAAUAGUAAUAAUUAAUCUUAUGCAAACUUGGCAAGCUCUCCCUGGUAUCGAGACUGAUAGUCUAGGGCAAUUGUAUCAGCUUUAUCUAUGACUAGCUACUCCUUACAGAGAUGAGUCUGGUAUUAAUUUUUGCAGUAGGCCUAAAUCCUUCGCAUUGUUUUCUAAAAACUUGUCAGAUACUAUAGUUUAGAAUUAUUGUUACAUGAUUUCUAGUUUGCCUUACAUUUUACAUGUUAGUUACAUAUUUACAGAACACAACUGAUUGGCAAAUAAAGCCUCACAUAUAUUAAAAAUGGGGCUUUAAUGAACAGUCCAAGCACCAUAACCACUGCCACAUGCUAUAGCGAUUAUGGUGUCAGCAGUGCGUUGGAGACCCCGGAUUGCAAGUAUUCAAACUGCUUUAAAAUGGUUUGACUUCUUAAUUGGGGUCCACCUCUACUACUUCAUACAUUAAGAAUGAACUACCUAAGCAGGAGCAUUUGUUAGCCUAAAUUAGGCCCUGCAGUACAGAGCUAGCUCAUUGGCUGAGCAGUCAACUUAUCACUCUCCUCCGUUGAGCCAAGCACGUUGGCUUAGCUUAGACACAGAACUUCUGAUUCUGUCUGAACCUCUGAAGUGGUGGAGGUGGCGAGCAGUACCUCAGAGAUACCUCUUAAGAAGUCACAUGAUUCUAAAAUGGUAUGACUACUUACAGUAGGGGGAGGGGCAGGGGGGGUGUAUGGGUAUGAUUACGGUGCUCCGAGUCUUCCUUUAAGGGUGUAUAAACAAAAAUCCAGAAUUACAGGAAACUCCCUACAGACACAAUAUAAAUAUGCGGCAAUAAAUAAUUUUUCUUGCUUUUCAAGGUGAGGUUUCAAAAUCCUCCUAUGUAGAAAUGGUUAUAUUGUACGACAUACUCUUCCAUUUACUAAAAAAAAAAAAAAGCUUUAUUUACUAAACAGUCAAAUUUCGUGAAAUGAAAUUUUACAAAACGUAGGCCAAAAUAGCUGAUUUUGAAAAAAUAGUCCCAGCUUGGCUUAUUUGAACACAAGUUUGCUAUUCACAACAAUUAACGUUUUGAAUAAACCCUGCAGAGCGUUACGGUGAGGGGCAUUAAGUUCAGUUCAGGUUUUUUUCCCCUAAAUAUUUCAUGUCAGUACCUUUUAUGCUAGGCCCCAGGUGUUCUAACUCCUUGGCAGUCUAAUUGGUAGCUUCUUUAUAUAUCAUAUUACACAGACAGCCUUUGCCGAUUUUAUCUAGGGGUAAUUAUAGGGAAUAAAUGGUAAUUAUUUACUAAUCAGGCCCCAAUGAAAUUAGAAGGCAAGAGAGUAAAUACUACGACGUGUGCUACAUCAUUUUGUUAAUUGAUUGAAAAUAAUUUUCAAUAAAAAACUUUAAUUACAAGCAAACAUUCAAACGUGUUCUAUAAAGUACUUUAAAUGCCUUUGGUGCGAAAAGUGCUUUAUAAAAAUGUUAGAUUAGUGGGAGUUAUUAUCCAUAGCUGAUGCUAUUUUAAGGGCGCUCUCUCCUGAGCAGAAUUUAUGGAGGCAGCCAAAACUAGCCAGGGAGUGUAACUCUCACUAAUGUCAGACAGAGAUAACCUAACAUAUCUAAAAAUAUCCCUUACACUUGUAUUACCCCUAACAUUAAAUAAACACUACAGCACCCUAACCACUACAUCCUGCUGAAGUGGCUAUGGUGUGCCGGAGUUGCCUGGCGCCCCUUUGUAAGUAGUCAAAUUGUUUUAGACUUCUUACCAGGGUUCUGCCGGACACCGCUCCCCGCCUCCGAGAUGUUAGCUCUCUGUCCAGGCUAAGCAUGGCAGUGCAGGGCUGAGCUCAUUGGCUGGGAGUAAUGAGCUGCCACUCUUAGCCAUUGAGAUGUUCCUGCACGAAGGAGCUUUAGGCUCUCUGUCAGAAGUAGAGGAGGAGAGGAGCAGUACCCGGUGGAUCCCAAAUAAGAAGUCCAAAAAUUCAAAAAACAUUUCAUUACUUACAGUUGCCAGGGCAUUCCUGACACUAUAACCACUGCAGUAUGCGAGAAUGGUUAUGGUGCUUGGAGUGUUCCUUUAAUAGUAACCCUAAUUAACCCUAGUCCUAAAAAUCAUGUAAUAUGAAAAAUGCACAAUUAAAAAUCCUGCAUUGGCAGAAAAUAAUGUGUGUCCAUAUGUGUGCAAAACACACACACACACACUUUCUUUUUUUAAAUUGAUUACUCUACCAAUCACUAAUUUCCAUUGCCAUAAAUUAAUGAGAAUAACAUUUCAGAAAACAGGUUUAGUAGACAGAUAAACAUUGAUAAAGAAAGGGCGAUGGAAUAUCUAUCUAUCUAUCUACCUAUCUCUGUCUAUCUAUCUAUCUACGUAUCUCUGUCUGCCUAUCUACCUAUCUCUGUCUGUCUAUCUAUCUAUCUAUGUAUCUCUGUCUAUCUAUCAACCUACCUAUCUCUGUCUGUCUAUCUACCUAUCUCUGUCUGUCUGUCUGUCUAUCUACCUAUCUUUCUCUCUGUCUGUCUCUUCUGUAAUUGUCGGUACUCACUUGCAGGUGUGUGUGAUGAUGUCUGUGAUGCCGUAUCCUUUCUGUAAGUCAAUGCUUGUGUUCACCUGACAAUAACAGGUUCGUCUAAGCUGGUUUUUUGAUGUGAUCCUCCUGACAGUGAGUUUUAUAGGACAGUUCCUCCCACACAAAUUGAAUAGGUGACCCAGCUCUCAGAGACUCUGCACCUCCCAAUUAAGUGUUUUAUCAUAGUUUUACAGAUAGCUCAUCGUUGCAUUUAAUGAAUACAAGAGUUUGUUUCUUUCUGUAAAAUAAAAACUCAGGUCCACUGCGAUAAGACCAGGAGAGGUCAAAGAAUACUGAUAGCAACAGAUUAAUCACUAUUAAAGUAAACACGCCUUAUCGUCGCUGUAUCGUCACUGUAUCGUCUCUGUCCGGUGUCAGUUUUAUUGCUCAGGCUUGAUGUAUCAAAUUAUAUAUAUUGAUUAAAGACCUCUUCACUGUCUCAGUGAAAUGUUUUAAAAUGCUUAGUAGGGGUCUCUCCCUUGUUGCUAAGUCGCACCUGGAGUUGUGCUGAUCAGGCUCGCUUAUCUACUCCUAACAAACAGAAUUGUGCGUGAAGUUAGAACUGCUUGGUUUUCAAAGUAAACUGUGCCAACUGGGUGAAUAAUGUGUAUCACCCUAGACAGAAAACCUAGAUAUCCCCUUUGCUAUGGGGAAUUAAGUGAGUGGCUUGAAUGAAAUACAUGACGUUGUCCUGUGUGUUAUUUCUAACGGGCCUUUUCCCAGAUCAGCAGAGAUAUAAGAGAAAAGCAGAAACCUGUUGAUAAGUCCAUGGCGGUUUGGGGGUCUCUGGGACCCUGAGAAAUAUCCAGCCUUACAGUCACAUAAUACAAUACUGAUCUGCCAUAAUAUUGCUGCGGUGGUUACACUGUAACUGCAUCUUGAUAUACCUAGAAACUCUGUAUUAAUCCUGGAUGGCCUAAGGCAGGGGUAGGCACUACAUCUCCCCUGAUACUUUACCAGUAUCAUUGCUGUAAGAGCAUGAUGUGAGAUAUAGUCCACAAUGUCUGGUGUGCCGAAGGUUGUCUACUCCUGGCCUAAAGGUUUUUGGUACAUAGUGUAACAUUUGUGCCCCUUUCAUUCUGUUAUAGUUGGCAUGGACAGCCUUGAAUAUAUUACGUAGUAACUUCACACCCUAGGCAGCUGCCUUAUUUUUUUCCAAUAGACCCAGAAAGCCCUGACUCUAUAUUUGGAUGAUAAGAAUAUUUUGCAUUCGACAGGCAGCCUUUGGAAACCCUACCAAGCAACUGACACUCAUAAUAUCAUUUUAUUGUGUAUUUAGUGCAUGAGUGUGAAUGUGUCUAGGAAUGCGUACCUGUGUGUGUCAUUGAGUGCAUCUGUGUGUAUGUCAGAGUGUGUGAGCACAUGUGACUUUGUAGUUCUGAAGGUAGCACUGCGUCUGAAUGCAUUGCACAUUGGUAAAGAUAACAAGGAGUCACAAAUAAUAGUACCUAGUAGAACAGGUGAUAAGAAUUGAUGGAUUUCUUUUUUUUUUGUAAAUAAAGUUUUUAUUAGCAGUUCAGAAAAUAACAGAGAGCAGUGCUUAUAUUGUCAGUGAGACUCGCAGGUCUCCAAUUGCGUCCGACAUGAGUACCACCAGUUUUAGGUGGGUCUUUAUAUAGCAUUAUUGUAAGUGGAGGGCUGCUGGCCCACAACAGUAAGGGCAAACGGAUUCUAUAGUUGAUCCCCAAUCAAAUGGUAAGUAGUGCGGUAGGUCCCAGGUCACGUCCUCUAACGUGGGGAGUGAGAAAGGGGUUUGUUUUUUGGGAUUGGGACCUAUAUUCUUGCACCAGGUCUGGGACUCCCUUUCCUGUCUGCCUUUUCCCUAGCUUCAGCGGUGCCUAGGUAUGUUGUGGGUUCUCUCCUGGGUCAUCUACCCUCUCGUUGUGAGUCCGCGUCCCCUCCCCCAUCGCGAGGCGAUGCCAUCACGACGGGAGGGGGAGAGCGCCCAGUGGUGUGUUUAGUUGCCUCUGUCGUUUUGCUUCCUUGUGGGCGGUAAUUGUUGUCGUUCUCCAGUCGCUGUCCACGUAUGGUAUCUGUGGUGUAUCUGGGGUGUUUUCCCCCCUUGGGUGGGGGUGAUGUGAUGUCUCAAUGUUCGGUUGUGUCAGUCAUCUGGUGUUGACUUAUGUUUGCUGUUUAUUGUAAGAGUUUCCCUUGUCAUGGGAACCCCUCGAGUCAAUCGAGCGAUGUCUCGCGGGUCCCACGUCCCAUGGGGAAAUCGUGGUGCCUUCUCGGGCUCAAAUAUUUUGUGGCCAUGUUGCGCCAGGCGGUCCCCGACCUCGCCUGGGGAAAGAAAAAGGAGAUAGGGGGGGAGAGAUAGGGAUGGGUGGGAGUGUGUGAGGGGGGGAGGGCUGGGAGGUAUGGGGCAUAGCUAUGUUGUGGCAUGGGUCUAUCCUGACUCCCGAGUUAGCCGGUCAGGGCAGGAGAAUUGAUGGAUUUCAAGGCCUCGGGAUAGGUGACAAUAUGAUCCAGCAGUCAUUCAAGGAAAAAAAGAAGAUUGGAACAAAAUCUCCAUUUAUUGUAAUAGAGUUGGCCCUCUUUAAUGGCUCUUUCUAAUUCAACCAAUUAGGAACAGGAAAGGAAGAAACACAAGGGGAAGAAAAUAAAGAGGUAGUGAGGCAGGGAUAGAAUUUAGGAUACAUUUAAAAUGCAAUAAGUUGCCAAGGUACAAUCCAACUGCAGGACAGCCGAGGGCAAGGAGGAAAAGAUGACCAUACGGAUUAGGAGGAAAAAAUACAGGGUAAAGGAAAGAUAUAUAGAAUGGGGGGGAGGGAGAAAACAAAGAAAAAGUUAAAGUGGUCGGGCAUCAAUCAACAGCGGGUUCCACAUUUUGUAAGGUGUUUUAAGUUUUUGACACGUGUGAUUAUUUUAACAUAUAAUUUAACUCACAUAACAAUGCAAAAUGAUGACAAAGCUUUAGCACAAUGCGCACUUAUAUACAAGCGCCAUGAGUGGUAUUUUAAAAAGAAUUAAACACUGUUUCAGAAAGAUAAUUAAUGGAGAGAGAAAAUGGUUAAACGUCUGUGACUGAUUGAUUGUAUAAAAACGAUUGGAUAUGUACUUAACAUUGGACCUGUGUUACAUCCCAGCAGCUCCCAAAACACAAGAAAGUCCCUUUUUGUUCCACAUCAAUAAAAUUGUAAAAUAUUAAACCAAAUACUAUAUUUGAGGGGAAUCGGUAAAUAAGUCGCAGGAAUAACUGACAAUGGCCAGGAUUUGGCGCGUUAUUACUCUAUAUCAAUAUUUACCAUAGAGUCUGACUAAGCAUCAUGGCAAUAGUAGUUCACUGACUUCUGGUUUAUAUAUCUUGAAAUGUAUGUUUGUUUGUUUUUUUCUAAAGUGUUGUAAGUCGCUCCGCACCCAUUGUCAUUACCAUAAUUAUGGAAUCAGCUACUCCUGAAAUUCAAGUUUUGACAGUCUCUGAAUGUUGCUGGCAUUUUAUUUUUCCUGUUUAUUGGCAGUAACAUAAACCGUAUAACAAGUGGAGAGUUAUUAAACUAUAAGUUUAUUUAUUUUUUGACAAUCUUUAUUUUGUGUUCUUACAAUUGUAAUAUACACAAACAUUGGUUUUGCAGGUUAACAAUUUAGAGGUUUAAGUGCGCCAUUUUUUUCCAAGGUGUGCAUGGCUGUAAUAUCAAUACAAACAUUUAGUAACAUUGCGACAUUAACAACACAUUGAUACAUGUUGAUUACAAUUUAACUGAAAACUUAGAACGUUCUGCAUAGCAGUGGCAUGCUAAAGGUGCUUGGGCUGUCCGGAUGUGCCUUCCAAAAUAGCAGAAUCAAUGAAAUAUGUGGACAGCUUGUUAACUAAAAAACUGACAAUAUACUGCAUGUAUGAUGGCAGCUGGGGUCUAAUGCCCUUGUUAGCGAUGUCAACCGUAACCUAGUAGCCUCAGUAGCCAGUGGCCCUGCUUAGGGGACUCUAUGCGUUACUGUAUUAUAAAGUGGCGUUAUGUCGGGGCCCGGUGCAGGUCAGCUGGCAGUAGGUAUUGCUAGAGCAGAGAACUAUGCCGUGGUAGUCUGGUUGCCAUAGGGGACCCAAUGCGUGCCUACGGCGACUUAUGUAAGGUUUGGUACUAUAAGUUUUAUUCUCUAAGCGGUUUAUUCAUUACACUCUCAUGUCACCUAGCCUGAAUUGUGAAAGACAAGAAUACUGAAACAUCAUUCAAAACAUUUAUAACUUUCUGAUUUUAGCAAGAUAACUCCAGAAUGGACAUGAUACAGUGACCUUUAAACUCUUAUAUAUUUAUUAACUUAAUUUAUUCUUCUGUAAGGAAAGAAACUGGAUAUGGACAGAUUUGCAAUUCCUGACUUUGAUAGUUAUACCCAUCAGGGACAGAUUUUUAAUAGACAGAGUAGGCAGCUGCCUAGAGGCUCCCUAAUAAAGACAAUCAACAUGACGAUCUUUUUAGAAAUGUUUAUAUAAACCUUUUUAUUGUACAAGAUGGUAUUAAAUGUUGAUUUUAUUUGUGGAAGGUUAAAGUGAGGAGAUACUUUUUGACUCUUUUUUUGCGUCCUACAAAUUAUGGAGCAAGUAACAGAAAACUGAUUUUUUUUGUUUUUUUUUAGAGGGGGGCGGGUGGGCAUGGCUAAAUGUGGCAGGCAGGUGAUGAGCCUGGAAAGGGGGCUGAGCACAUCCAACAAAGGUCCAGCUUGACUGCCACUCAAGCUGGCUGGCCCCACUAGAGGUGGAUCAUGUAGAGGUGGCUAAUAUAGCGAGUUCUGCAUGGCCUUCAUACCCUUGCCGUACUGUGCAUUGCGUCUAAAGAUGUGCUCUUUCUGGGUACACUUCCCUGGUGUCCCCAAAAGUAGGACCAUAUGGAACAAACCCAAGAUGACAGGGAAGAAUCCUAAAUUAGGGACUGUCUCAUUGUAUUCGGGAUAUUUGGGAAGCCUGAGACCGAAUAUUUGCUAGAUGAUUAUGAGUUACUGCAUUUAAUCGGAUACUGCCUGGCAGUGCAUGCAAUUCAUUUGCUCCUAAUGCGCAAUCAACUAAUCAGUCCUAGUUGACAUCUCAAAGUAAGCCGACGAGAUUAGUUUAUUGUUUGCGAGCUGAGAGCACAUGGAUUCUGCAUUCUGCUGGGUAGAUCUCUCAAGCCUUUUCCAAGAGAGAGCAUUAAAUUAUUACAGUCCCUUGAAAAUACAGCGAUCUGGCCACUGUAAUUUAAGCACAAAUGUAAUAACUACAAAAUACAGCUGAAGAGCUGCGUAGAAGUCGUUAUUUCUAUUUUUUUUGCAUAGUGCUGGUUACAAUCAGUUGCAGCAGGUGCUAGAAUUGCGCCAUAAGUUGGCAAUCAUUGCCAGGACCAGGGGAGCCAAUAAAACAGAGGCGGGAGAUUACCAUAAGAAAACAAGGUUAAGCAUAAUAAUAAAAUAAGGUCAAUAGCUUGUGCUACAGUGCGUUACAUAAUGAUGUCGGAGUCAAUAAUAUUUUUUUAACUGUUGGUUGUCUUCAUGUAUACUAUGUGCAAUCAAAGACUAAUAGAGAUACAUUAUUUAUUUAUUCAUCAUCUGUUACAUGAAUGCGUGCCCCAGGUUUUUUUUUUAAUUGUGACAUUGUGUAAUAUUGUUGAAAUCAAAACAAAAUGAGUCAAAACUACAGAUUUUGUUGUUACGCGCCAUUUACCAAACAUUGCACUGCAGUCAGUUGAAAAUCAAUGUGCAUAAUUUAGGUAAAUAUUGUUUAAAAAAUAAAUGGGUAUAAUAUCAAGUGUGUUCGCUGGCGUUUCAGUGAGUCAAGUGUGAGCGCAUUCUUAAACAAAUUAAAAUAAGGUUUUUCUGCCAAUAAGAGAGGGCUUUAGCAGCACUUGGUUCAUGGACUACCCUGAAAGGUCUGUGUAGCAGCCAUUUUACCCCUCGUUUUUUUUGCGGAACUCAAAUAUAACCAGAUAUGUGUACGGUAUCAAUGUCGCAUUCCAUAAGGUUCUCUGUCCUGCGUUUAUAAUUCCCAGUAUUAGGAAUUAUAAACAAUAUUAUGCUGGAAAAAUAGCUGUUUGGGCAAAGUUUUCCUAUUUAGCUAAUGAUUAUAAAAUUCUGGGAUCCGCCCCCUCAAAACUCUAUUCUCUCUGUCAAAUAAAUACAGAACCUUAAAAAUAAAUAUUUGUAAAGAAAACAUUUAUAUGUGUAUUUUUUGGAUUACCAAACACCUUUAUUGCACACAUUACACUACUGACAGCAGACUAUGUAAUAAUGUACUUCAGCACUCAAAGCACUCAUUGUUUAUUGUAAAAAAACAAAAAGCAAAUUUCACUAAAAGUCUUAUGUUUUUUUUUUGUUGUUGUUGUUGUUGUGGUUUAUUUCCUAAUUUUAUGAGCGUCCAGCGCUAUAUGAAAGUCAACUGAGGUCACUGUCCUUUUGACGUUGUUGAACUGAAUAAAGUUUGAAACAUUUUGAAGAAUGAAAAAAAAAAUACAACAAGAUGGCGUCGCUGCACGUCUGCGCGAAAACGAGGCAUGGAAGUAAGGAAGCCAGCACAGCCAGCCCGUCUAUGAGUACGGUGGCCGUAUGGUGACGGUUUGAGCCUUUUGCGGCCCCUGUUGAUACAACGCAUGGUUUUGCGUUGGAAGUGAAUUAGGAACUGACUGCUCAGAAGGGGAAGAGGUGAUGAGCUGCACCUGGAUGAUUUAUUUCGUUUUAUAAUGAGAUAAAAGUGUAACCUGACCUUUAAAAUGCCUUAUGGCUGCCAGCUGCCUCAUUCUCUGCUAUCUCCCAUCCAAGGAGUCUGAGCAUUACUUACAAUUUAUUAAUAUUAGAAAAUACUUAAAAAAAAAAACAAACAUAUAUGGGAUGAGUAUUUUGAUUAUGAAAGUAACAGUGUAAAUAGUGAUGUCUCAGAGGUAAAGGAGGAGGGUUGCUGUAUGUUUGUUUUGAAAUGCGUAACUUACUGUAUACCAUUUUUAUUUUCUAGGGAACGUGAUGAGUGACAUUCGCCAUUCCCUACUGCGCCGGGACGCCCUCAGCGCUGCUAAGGAAGUGCUCUACCAUCUUGAUAUCUAUUUCAGCAGCCAACUGCAGAAUGCCCCAGUGCCACUGGUUGAAAAGGGACCCAUUGAAUUGCUUGAAGAAUUUGUCAUUCAGGUCACAAAAGAACGUGGUUCCCACGCCAAGGUAGCGGGAAUGGUUCCCACCUGUUAUUGCAGUUAUGUCUGGGUUUUGAGCAUUAUUGGGUCUGUCGGUAUUACUCACUACACUUCACAUUUGUGAGAAUUAAAAAUGGUCAAGUUGUGAGUUGAUGGCGAUUUUUGCCUUUUUGUUAUCUAUUUGGAUUUAAUUUGCAAAAAAAAAUCAGGGUUUAAUGAAUAACUUUUAUUUUCCUAUGCUGCUCCGCCAACUUAAUGGCUGGUUUAGAAUCAUGAGGAACUGUCCAGCAUAGGUCGAGUGCCUGAGUUUAACCAUUGCGUUGUUAUGAGGCCCCCAGCUUGUGUUAUUUUCCACACAUAUGUUUCUUUAGAUGCUGCACAUAUACCAUCCAUAUUGUUAUGCUACAAAAUAUACCCCAGUUAUGAUCUGAUUUACGAUAGUUUAUUAAACAUUUUCUGAGAGAAAAUAUAUCGUAAAAUGAAUGUGAUGAUUCACUUUGGAUUAAAGUGACAGCCUAAGCACUAUCAUCAUUUUUUAGAUUAUUGAAGUUGUUAUGGUGCCAGGAUGACAUACCUUCACUUUUUUAGCAAACUAGAGCUUUAAAGUGGGAUUUAUGCUAUGGCUGCAAGCACUGUCCGUCAGGAACCUUGAAAUUCCAAAACCAUAUGCAAAACUUAAACAGCAAUACUGUCUUUACAGAGCAGUGAGAAUAUUGUGUGGUCAAAGAGAAAAUGUGUUCAUUUUCAUAAUGCCUUCCCUCCGAACCUGUGUGACAAUGUUAUGUGCUGAUGCAUUUUUUGAUAUGUUGCCUUGCUUUUAUUUGCGUUGUCCAUUUUUACAAUAAAUUACUGGCCAUCUGAUUUCCUUUUGCUUUUCUUCUAUACAGCGCCUUACUUCCAUCCAGGAGCUACAGCUGUUGGAUAUACUCUGCAGUUACUUCCAGGAGCAGAGCAAGGAGCCAGUCCGGCAAGUUAUUUUCUCCUCGCUCUUCAGCCCCCAAGGCAACAAAGCAGAUGACCUGCGCAUGGCACUGCUUGGAAAGCUGACCUCAAUGGCAGUAGCAGUGUGUCGAGUGCCUGUGCUGGAGUGUGCUGCUUCUUGGCUGCAGGUAAAUAGAGGCUUUCAUGGCUAACUUGCCUGGAGAUCUCAGAGGACUACAUUUCCCAUGAUGCUUAUUUGUCGCAGAAUAAAACUCAUCUUCUUGGAAAAUUUAGUAAUUUGUAUUUUUUUUUUUUUUUUAAUAGUGCAGCUUUUUCAUGACAUUUCCCUUUACGCAUUGUCUUGAGACAUACAUGUACGUUCAACUUAAAAUCCAGGGACCUCUAAUGUAUGUGUUAACCUCUUGUUUCUGUUAGAGGAGGGUGAUCUAUUUCUCUAACUAGGUACCCAAUAGAACAUAAUUUAGAAAUGUCUAAAUCCUACACCUGCCUUCAGGACUGCAUCGGAAACACUGACCUAAUGUACUGCUUUCUACUUCACGGAAAUCGUUCACUUAGUAAUGCUAAAAGUCGUAUCUGUUCACUGACUGAGCUCCUGUCUUGUAUUUUAUUCAUGGCAGCGCUCUCCUGCUGUUUACUGCAUGCGUCUGGCUAAAGCUUUGGUGGAUGACUACUGUGGCCUGGUCCCUGGCUCCAUCCAGACACUGAAACAGAUCUUCAAUGUCAGUCCUCGCUUCUGCUGCCAGUUCAUUACUGCAGUUGCUGCUCUGUAUGAUAUGUCGUCAGGUAAGCGAACACACUGCUCACUGUCCCCUACAAGCACUUUUUUACGAUCUGACCGUGUAAUCUAUUUAUUGAUAUCAAGUUCACGCUGAAGUUUGCAUUGAGUAUAUCCAAUGCAAACACAAGGCUGAAAUGCUUGCCUCAUAAUGCUUAGAGGGAACACCUGACUGCAGAUAUUCUGAGUUUAAGAGAGUAUUAUUUAAAAAAAAAAAACUAAUAAAAAAAAACCAAAAAACGUUGUUUUCAUUAUGAAGUAAAUGUUCUAUGUAUAGAUUAGUUCUGUGAUGUUCAGAGUUACAAAUGCUUUCUGACAUUUUCAUCUCCCCUUUCUGCAGAAGGUCUGCUCCCUCCCCAUGAUCUCUUAGAAAUGAUUGUCUCCUGGAUCUUCGAGGACCCUCGACUCAUCUUGAUCACAUUCCUAAAUACCCCAAUAAGUGCCAACCUUCCUCUUGGCUUCCUAGACUUUUCCCCACUUAUGGGUUUGGUUCGGUGGUGUGUUAUAGCCCCAUUGUCCUACAGGCGCAAGCAAAAAGCUGCCGGAGGUGGGCCUGUGGUAGAGAACCAAAGCCUUUACUCAAAACUCCACCUGAGCAUGUUGCAAGGUUUAAUGGUUCUUCAGACCCACCUGACUGAAAAGUCUCUUUAUGGCCGACUUGGGCUAUUGCUCUUCGAGCAGCUUGUUCCCUUGGUGGAAGAGCUGGGUCAACUGUGCCAGGAGCUUAACCCUUUGAACGCAGAGCAAGAAAUGGAACUGGCCUUGGAUCGACUGGCACAGGCACUGCAAGUUUCCAUGGCUACAGGGGCAUUGCUCUGUACACGAGGUGCGUGCGCAGAAUUGUAUAUGUAAUCCCAGAAUUUUCAUAAAUUUUAAAUCCGAAUGGUAAAACUGAGGCAGAAAUAGUCAAGUUGUGGCUGAAUUUAAGAAAUUUUCCAGAUCAACUAUUUCUGCCUAAGUUUCAGCGUUUAGUGAUUAAUUCUGAUAGUGUUUUUUGUUUCUAUUACUAUUUUACAUUCUAAAGUUACCACAUGGUAAAUUCAUAAAAGAUAUUCCAGCCAAGAAUCUCAAGGUCUUUUUACAUGAGCAUUUUUAACGUAUUUCCUGAAUCUGGUAGAAUAUAAUCAUUAAUUAAACAUCGAACAAAGCAUUCAGUGUUGGAGAAUUCUAGUGCCCUCACAUGUUCUUAAAAUAUCUCGUAACCCUUUCUCAUUGAUCAAACCUGUUUUUUGAUUGGGGGAAGGGGGAGUAAAGAAAGAGUUAAAAUGUUUUACUUGCAUUGUUUUAAGAUAACACUUCAAAUGUGUUUUUCACAUUUGCUCUGUUCAGCGUGCUGGAGGCCAAGUUUGGAGAUCAUAUAGAUUGACUUUCUAAUCUUUCCCUUCUCUGAUUUGUAGAUGAUCUGCGAACCCUCUGCUCACGGCUUCCGCAUAACAAGUGAGUAACGACAGCUACUGCUCUAUACUGAUGGAACAUCAGAUUUUUUUUUUUUUGUAUUGGAGGCUCCCUGUUGUUACAUUGCAUCUUCCAUUCCAUCUGCACGUUGCGCUAGAAAUCUAGAUUUGUUUAUCUUUUAAUUUUAUAUAUUAAAUCCAUGGUCAUAGAUUACAGUUCUAUAUGUUUUCAUUUUGGAACCAACUUCAUACCUAUACCAAUCUGCAUGCUACAGAUCUGAGUUCUGUCAGUUUCUCUAUUUAUCCAGGAUUGGGUAAUCCCUAAAUUCUACAUUGGAUUAAUUUUAAGAAGUAGUGUAAGAAACGUCUCCAUUCAUUGUAUUGUCUUUCCUUUUAAUCUCUUGAACUACAGGGUAUUAUGGCUAAACUUUGCCAUUACUCUGCCAGUUAUCACAGCCUCCAGUCAUAAACUAAAUGUGGCUUACUGAAGUGGUUGUAUAUGUUCCCAGUAUUUCACUACUGAUGGUGUCAAGGAUGUUUAUAGUUUUCAAUGUUCUAAUAUGAUGGAUUUGGGAUGUAAAGCCAUUUGCACUGUGACAUUAUUAAUCCAUCUUAAUCUCUUCUUGUUUACAGCCUUAUGCAGUUGGUGAUUUCUGGUCCGGUGCAGCCCGCACCCGCUCACCCCACUCUGACCCCUGGCUAUUAUCCUCACAUCCACACACCACCCCUUGGAUACCCCACCAUACCAGCUCAUGCGUCUUUGCCAACACAUGCUGCCUUGCCAGCUCAUGCAGCAUUGCCAGCACACUCAGCCAUACCAGGACACCCUGUACAGACUUUCUUACCCGGGAUGAAUUUCCCAUUUCGACCCAUGCACUGAGCUGUCCCGGGUUUCAGGGACAGACAUUCACAUUUGCGUUGUUGAGAUUGGAAAGCAGCUGCACAAUCCCUUCGCACUGACCUACAGAUCCCUCACAGCACUGGGACAAAAUUGCUUUAGAGCUGUGGUCAGCAAAAUGUAUCUCUCCAACUGCUUUUGGACAAAUGUUCCUUUAGCUUGAACCUAAUAGGAAUUCUAUUCCACCGGCAGAUUGAAAGAUACAUUUUGUUCAACCCAUCUUUAGAGAAUGUCAUGCGUACAUCGUUCCAGUGCUGCUUUUUAAGGUGAAAACUAUCCUUCGUGGUGAAAGACAAGCUUACUGCCCUGCACAUUUUCCAAACAUAAUGGUAGUGCAUUAUUUAUAAUAAUAUGCACUGUAUGUCAAAUUGGAAGUUUGGUUACUCCUUAAUAUCCUUCUCACUCAGAGGAUCGGUGUUUUGGCAUGUACCGUUCGUAGAAUCAAAACUUUAUUUUUUACAGGGCAUUUUCCUGUUUAAAAUAGUAUCUACAGGAAUCCCAUUCUCCACCCAAUAUUAUCGGGUAGGUUUACAAUAAAAAAAAUAAAAAUAAACUGUUCUUUGUUUCUAAAGUGAGUCUAAAUUCUGGUUUAAACAAUGCUGUUUUAAAACCUCUUCUUGUGUCAGUCAUACUCAAUAGCCAUACACUGGCUUUGUAAGGGCAGCACAAGUUAGGUGCACUGAAUAGGUUAGGUUACAGUUAGUUAUACCGGGUGAUUUUAUAUUAUUAUAGGGACACUCCAAGCUUCACAUGUAGCACAAAAUCUAGCUUUGUUUUGAUUUAGAACUUAGACAAUCGCCUCUGCUGUUACGGUGUUAAAGUGAACAUUUUACAACAAAUCAACAUUAUUAGGUGUAUUCACAAAAAAUUUAAUUAUGGAGAAAUUGAAAAAGAAUUGCACAUUUUCUAUCUUUGCUGUCGUGCAGACUAUAAAGUAAAUAAAUGGAUACACCAACUCCAUACCACCUUUUAUAAUAUAAAAAGCCCACGUAAAUUGCCCAGCUAUGAGCCACACUUUUAGUCAUAUUGCUAUUUUAACGAUGAUGUAACAUAAUGUUUUGUACAUGUAUGUUUUAUAUAAAUGUUUUAAUAUUUUUGACUUAUGUAUUUUUGGAACUAACAUAUCCAGUACUUUACAGUAUUGGUAAACCUAAAAAUCUGUUUUAUUGUUUGGUUUUUGGAUUGCCAGCCAUUAUCCUGCUCUACCAAUUCACCAAUGAUCAAGAUGUUUAAAAACAGAAAGUGUUGUAGUGAUUUCAUAUUAUCAUAAAACAGAAUGUUGUAUUUGCCUAAGUGUGGGGCUACAUUUAAGAGAUGUUCCUUAGAUGGACACCCCAAGCACAAAAUGCAAAAAUGCACCCGAAUAGCAUGCAAUAAUCAUCCUUGUAUAUCUGCAGGAUUUUUAUAAUGUUUUUAUUUAUUUUUUUUAAAUUAAUUUAUUAUAACGUUACAAUUACACCAGUAAAUAGUACACCUUUUUUAAUUUCUUUAAAUAGCCUUCAAAACAAAAUAUUUAUAUAUACGGUAGUUAAAUAUUUGCAUGAUACCAAAUACCUUAUUGUUGCAGAAAUUGCAAAAGCUCUAUGCUGUAGCAGGAAGUGGGUUGAUGCCUACUAAGAAAAAUAUAUCUUUAUAUUUACUGUUACCCCAGGAAACGGUAGUAAGUGCAGCUAGUGUUAUGGCAAACAUAUAGCUCUCUUAUGGAAUCCUAUGGGUUAACCAAGAAUUCCUUCAACACAUGAGCCAUUUCCUGUUUGAAUAGAAUAUCACUGGAGUUAGGAUCUGAGUCCGUGGAUUUAAUAAAAAAAUAAUAGGAGUUUUAAAAAAAAUGUAUCUUUCUUUCUUCUGAUAUCCCUGCCAAACUUUAUGGAAAUGAACAAGUGAAAAUAUAAAUAGAAAAAGUAAAUGGAUUUGCAGGACAUGAUGGACAUAAACCACACAUUUCAGGAAACCUUACAACGUAUUGUACCAGCUGAAAGCAACACUUUUUGUGAUGGUUGGCUACGGUGGAAUAGUCCAAUAUUUUAUCAAUAGUUGACUGCAUUAAUUGCUGCAAAAUAUGGGGAAAUUGAUUUGUGGACCAAAAGACAUCUCUUCUUUAAGACAUUACGCAGCAGAGCCAGCAGCCAUAUUUGUUAAACCACUGUGCUGGUUUAUUUUUUCUUUCUUUCAAUUUGGUCAGAAAAAUUGAAGUUCACUGGUUAAUUUCUGGCAAGUGACUACAAUAUUGUAUUUACAAUAUUUUUUUUAAACUGAUAAUACUUCUCAUGCUCAUGGACAUAUCAAUGUGAUUGAAAAAAGCCUGUUGUAUCUAACAAUCCUCAAAGCACUAGUUUUGAAGAUUAGGCCAGACUAUUUUCUAUCUAUAAAAGGAAUAAUCUCCGGGGCACUAUUUAAAAUGUUUAUAUUAAAUGAAAGUGCUCUAGGCUUGAAUACCUUCCUACACAUAUUUGUUUUAAUGAUGCAAACCGAAGUUUUUUACAUCACUAAAAGAGUAUUUUUUUCUAGGACAAGAUCCCAGAACAUAGGACUUUCCCAGCAAAUUCGGGACAGUUGGCAACUAUGCCCAAUGCAGAAGCUGCAAAACCUGCAGAAUCACAGAAAAUAAUAAACAGGAAUCACAAAAGUAUUUUUUUUUGUUUUCCAUCACUUUAAAUGUAUAGCACAUAUUGUAAAGGCACCCAUAAAACACACAGUGUGUGAUAGUCACAGUCACAGCCAGGGAGUGCAGCCAUCAUGGUAAAGGAAGACUAGCAUUCCAUUCCAUCUGCGCACGCGCGCCAGGCAGGCCGGCAUUCUAUGGUUGCUAUGGAGACUUGCCAGUGCCCGCGCCUUGGAGAAUGCGCAGCGAGAGCGCGCCGCCGCGGCUGGGGAUUGACCCACUCGAGCUCCUGUAGCGGUGACAGCAAAACAACGAGCACUGGGGCGGAAGUAACGGGAGACAGCGUGACACCGGGGCCUCAGCUUUCUGUGCCGAGCGGUGGAUAACUGGGGUAACUAUUUAACCCGGGGGGGGCGGUGGGGGCUGGCCCUGGGGGGCUGAUUGGCAGCCUUAGUAUGACAGGGGUAACCUCCACCCUGGACAGGGCGCUAUGGUUCAUCUAUGGAGCCCCAGCUGGCAUGGCUACCCAGCCCAGGACUCCUAGCCAGCCAGGGCCUGUGGGAGCAUCAUGGGAAGUGUAGUCCAUAGCAGCUGGAGUGCCACAGCUUAGCCAUCACUGACCUAGGGGUCAGCCAGACACCCCCCCUGCCUAAUGGUCAGUCAGACACUUCCCCCUGCCUAAUGGUCAGUCAGACCCUCCCCCUGCCUAAUGGUCAGUCAGACACCCCCCCCUGCCUAAUGGUCAGUCAGACACUUCCCCCUGCCUAAUGGUCAGUCAGACACUUCCCCCUGCCUAAUGGUCAGUCAGACCCUCCCCUGCCCUAAUGGUCAGCCAGACCCUCCCCUGCCUAAUGGUCAGUCAGACCCUCCCCAAUGGUCAGCCAGACCUCCCCUGCCCUGUGGUCAGUCAGACACUUCCCCUGCCUAAUGGUUAGCCAGACCCUCCCCUGCCUAAUGGUCAGCCAGACACCCCCCUGCCCUAAUGGUCAGCCAGACACUCCCCCUGCCUGGUCAGCCAGGCGGCUCCCCUGCCUGUGGUCAGUCAGACCCCCCCUGCCUAAUGGUCAGCCAGACCUCCCCUGCCCUAAUGGUCAGUCAGACACUUCCCCUGCCUAAUGGUUAGCCAGACCCUCCCCUGCCUAAUGGUCAGCCAGACACCCCCUGCCUAAUGGUCAGCCAGACACUCCCCCUGCCUAAUGGUCAGCCAGACGCUCCCCCUGCCUAAUGGUCAGCCAGACGCUCCCCCUGCCUAAUGGUCAGCCAGACGCUCCCACUGCCUAAUGGUCAGCCAGACGCUCCCCCUGCCUAAUGGUCAGCCAGACGCUCCCCCUGCCUAAUGGUCAGCCAGACGCUCCCCCUGCCUAAUGGUCAGCCAGACCCUCCCCCUGCCUAAUGGUCAGCCAGACACUCCCCUUGCCUAAUGGUCAGUCAGACACUUCCCCCCUGCCUAAUGGUCAGCGAGACACUUCCCCCUGCCUAAUGGUCAGCCAGACGCUCCUGCCUAAUGGGUGUGGGCGGCUCCCCUGCCCUAAUGGUCAGCCAGGCAUCCCCCUGCCCACAAUGGUCAAUGGACUCUCCCCUUGCCUAAUGGUGAGUGGACACUUCCCUGCCCUGUGGUCAGCGGACACUUCCUGCUAAUGGUCAGCGGUUACCCUGCCUGGCGUAGUCAGCUGAGACACCCCGCCCUAAUGGUCAGCGGGGCCACCCCCCACUGCCUAAUGGUCAGCCAGAGGACACCCCUGCUAAUGGUCGUGAGACACCCCUGCCUAAUGGUCAGUGAGAGACACCCCCCUGCCUAAUGGUCAAUGAGACACCCCCUGCCUAAUGGUCAGCGAGACACCUGCCUAAUGGUCGGGGACACCCCUGCCUAAUGGUCAGCGGACACCCCUGCCCUGUGGUCAGCGGGGCCUGCUAAUGAUCAGCGGGGCCACCACCCCUGCCCUGGUGGUCAAUGAGACACCACCUGCCCUAAUGGUCCUUGGGCCACUCCUGCCUAAUGGUCAGUCAGACACUUCCCCUGCCUAAUGGUCAGCUGAAACACCCCUGCCUAAUGGUCAAUGGACCCUCCCCUGCCCUAAUGGUCGGCGGGGCCCUCCCCUUGCCCUAAUGGUCAGCCCGGGGCCACCCCCCUGCCUAAUGGUCAGCCAGACCCUCCCCUGCCUGUGGUCAGCCAGACCCUCCCCUGCCCUAAUGGUCAGCCAGACCCUCCCCUGCCUAAUGGUCAGCCAGACCCUCCCCCCUGCCUAAUGGUGCGGUCAAACUCCCCUGCCUGUGGUCGGUCAAGAGCCUGCCUAAUGGGUCAGUCGGACACCCCCCUGCCUAAUGGGGUCAGUCGGACACCCCCCUGCCUAAUGGGGUCAGUCGGACACUUCCCCUGCCUAAUGGUCAGUCGGACACUUCCCCCUGCCUAGGGGGUCAGUCGGACACUUCCCCCUGCCCUGGAUGUAGUUACAUAGUUACAUGAUACCACACAUGAGAACUGUUAUCUCUAUUACCAACAUAUAUGACCCCUACCUCAAAUAUCUGGGUCACAAUGAGUAGAUAUGAUAUUUCUAAUAUUAAUAGGAUAUGCCAGAUUUAAAGAGCAUUUGGGAAAAUGUGGGUUGUAUGGUUGAAUUGGUUUGAGAAUAGCUUAUGUUGCGUGUCAUUCGGUUGAUAUAAUCUCCAUUAUAGAAUCCAUUCCAGUAGUUUGUCUCCUCGCAUUGUAGAUGGAAACUGGGACAUUAAUUGUGAUGAACAGCUUGGAGGCUGGUGAAUAAUUGGUACUUUGUAGCAGCUUGACUUAUUAAUCGCUAUUUAUGUUCAUGAUUCAGUGAUUUAUAACAAGUUAUUUUAAAGCCAAUAUGUAGACAUAUUUUCUCCAGGCUAAAAAAACAACAUAUGAGAUUAUUCACAAAAAGGUGAAAAAGGCUCCCUGAGGUAUCAUGACCUUAAACAAAACAUCUGUCACCAAAAAAAAAUAAAAAAGUAAACUUUUAUACUGAAUUAAAGUAGUGCUAGGAAUUCCUUAGUGCUUUCCCAGCAUAACCUGUCAUACCAUUCAUUUAGCACAAUUUGAAAUUACCUGGGUCCUGCUGGGCACUGACACUACUCCCUGUCUUCUUGAGCAGGACAAGCCAUAUUCCCAUGUAGACAUUCAUUUGUUGUCUGAGAGUGUUAUCUGAGUGCUCAUCUCCAAUGGAUGAGUCAAAUAAGUUCAUAUAAUGAACAAAACUGACAUUGGGCAUCCCCAGCUCUGAGAAAACUGGAUGCUGCAGAGGCACCUAGUAACAAAGCACAUUUGAUACCAUAACAACUGUAGUGGACUUUUGUAAUUAAGGUGCAUAGUGUUUUUUUUUUUUUUUUUUUUAAAGGGCACUCUUGGAUGAAAUUGACCCUUUCUUUUUAUUGCACUGAUUAGAUAACUAAUAGAAGCAGAAUAUGCUUUAAAAAAACAAAAAAAACAACGCUAGUAAUGUAGCGCAGGAUUGGAAGGGUUAAAGGGAAGAUCUGGUACUGUCUGUUAAAAUCUAUAUGCAGAUUUUAGAACUGAGAUAAUCUUUAACCUACACAUGGGAUACAACUCCCUGUCAAACUACUUGGUUAUCUUCACACUGGGUAGGGGAAGGCCUGACUUCAAAGCUCUAUGUGCACAUCCUUGGUUCUGUACAGAGCAGGUGUUUUUAGGACUUGUAGCUCAGUUAGUGGACAGCUGAACUACCACUGCAGGAAUCUUUUGCUGGCUAUCUAGAUAUAAAAUACACUGUAUUAGUGGACAUUGCAGGUUAGAAGGGAGCUUUACAUAGGUACUGGAAACCACAAGAAGUGAGAAUGCAGAAGGUAGGAUAGGGGAGGCAGGAUUAAGAUGCCGAAUGCUUCAAGAUUUAAAUGUAUUUUUGCAAAAUCUAUACAAAUUGGAGCUUGCAAAAGCUACUGCUAAUCAUUUCGCAACAGACAUGUAAAUAUAUGAAAAGGCUCAUCUAAGCAUUAAUCACCUCUUGGGAUUAUUAGAAAACAGCAGUAUGCCUAAAUGUCACGGCAAAACCCACUGCAGUAAUGCCACAGCUGAGUACCGAAUAGGAUAGCAUAUAGACUGCGCGUUUUGUUCAAUAUCAAAACACGCUUUCAAGGAACGAAAUGCGUAGGCCACAUGCUAUCCUCUUUGGAGAGUUUUGAUGUCCCUGUUUAUAUAUUUUAAUGUAUGGGUUUGUCCUUCAUUGAGUGGACAUUUAAUUGUGAGUACUCUUGAAUCACUUAAGUUCCUACUUGGCUUAUUUACUAAAUAGUGAUUUUAUUAGUGCUUGAAAUUAGCUGGAUCACCUGUGCAAGGGGAAUAUACAUUUGCUAUUCUUAACAUUGAACAAAUUAUUUAGGCUAAAGCAAAAAAAAAAAAAAAAAUCCUGAAAAGUUGUGCUUUUGCCUGGGGAAUAGUUGCUCUAAAUACUGUGAUCUACAGUAUGACAGUGAUAUGCAGAUUUUACAACAUUCUUAAACUGGGAUUCUAGAAUAUAAUUUAAAUAAGUACAUUUGGGGUGGGUGUUCUGCAUGUCAUUUAAUGCACAUAUCAAAUAAAUGCUAUGAUAAACUUUUAAAAUGGUUUAAGGUUUUUAAAAAAUAUUUUAAUAUUUUUUUCUAUAUUAUACUGUACAUAUAUAAUUUUGUUUUGCAAAAUAUAGUUUUAACAGCCUAUCCAAAAAUAUUUAACAGAGGCCUCUAUUCAGAGACACUAGGAUGAUAUAGCCUCUGUUUUUCCCCCUCUUACAGUGCAUGGAGCUACUUUAGACAUUGAUGUAAUUCGGGCCUCAGCUGGGUGAAGUGAUCCGGAGGCCUGUCUGCUCCGGAUACAAGGUGAGGUGUUUAAAAAUCUGCUUUAUGUAUCCUCACAGAGUAUAGGGAGUUGUUGAUUGGUCAAUUAAAAACAAAUCCUAUAACUUGUGCUUCAAUUGGCACGUGAAAAUAGCUGCCCAUUAAUAUGUAGUCUUCAUAUAUUGCUGAAAAUAAAUUAGCUACUUAUUCGUGGAAGGCUUGUAGUGGGAAUCAGUAGGAUCCUCUGAUUUUCUUCUUGCAGCAUAUGAAUCCUCCAUACCACCGGGCUACCUUUUCUGUGUGCCACUAGAUGUCAUAUAGUAAACGACAGUUUGUCAAUCCUAAUAAAUGGUGCUAAUAGACGGUUUUAUAUACUAUGUGCAGGAUGGCAUUCCGUUUAGUUGGCAACACCAGGGUAAAAUUACCAGAUUUUACUAAUUACAUGACGUAAAGUCAUGAUUUUAUAAAGGACACGGAGGCGAGUAUUAGGCUUUAUCUCUUUCUUUAUUCCUCAGCAGCAAAGAAAGGAUAUUGAUAUUUUUAAUAUAGCAAUAACAAAAAGAUAAAACAAAUACCCUUAAGGGUUAACCAUAUAACAUUCCAUAUCCAUUAACCAAUAGGAUCAGUCCUUGUACUAUAUCCCUUCAUGUGAGGUAAACUACUUCCUCUUUCUGGCUGAUGCCGAAGCUGAACACAUCAACAAGGGAAAAAAUUUUCUCAAACUUGGGUAAUCUUUCGUAGGGGUUCCGGCGAAUGUUCCAAAGAAUGUCGAGAUAGUGGACGAUCCCGGUUAUGUCAUCACAGGGUUAAGCUGUAGGAGACAGAGAGAUAUAUGGUAAAAUAUAUUCGAAUAUCGUUGUCAUGCAUAUAUGUUGUACCGGUCCUUAGACAAACGUUUAUAUCUGAAAAACAUUGCUUGCGACAUUCUAGCAUAAAUCAGUCUAAAUUGCAGUUACUACCUUAUAACUUAGAUUCUAAACAUCCAAAAUGCCAUAACUUGUUUAUGAGCGAGUGGGUGGGAAAAAAUGCAUGUACGGCUUACCUUUCAGUGGGCGGGCUAAUACUCGCCUCCGUGUCCUUUAUAAAAUCAUGACUUUACGUCAUGUAAUUAGUAAAAUCUGGUAAUUUUAUUAAAGGACACGGAGGCUCUUAUUAGGCUAGUUUAAAGCUGUGAUAUGACCCUAGAUGAGAUAUGUUCUGUUGGUCUAAAGUAGUAUUCCUUGAACGUCGAUUCUCGGGACCAGUCAGCUGUGCGGAGGAGGUCUUCCAGUUUACAUCCAAUGGAGAAUGCUUUAGAGGCCAUAGCGCCUCUGGUAGAGUGUGCUCCGUAAGCGGCCGUGUCGAUGUUAGCAUUUGACAUUAUCCAUUUCACCCAACGUGUCAGAGUUCCCGUGGAUACUGGUUGAUGAGGUUUCCUCACUGCCAAGAAUAAAUUAUGUGUGUUUGGGUUCCGGAAUGGCUGGGUCCGUAAUUCAUAUUCCUGCAGGCAUGCUACCGGGCAGAGGUUAGCGUUGUGAGGAAAGGAGGGAUAGAAGACUGAAGUGGUGUUUGACUUUGUACGUCUGGUGAUAUUAAACAGGACACCAUCCGGUGUGAAUGAUCGUGCAUCGAUAUCCAAGGCCCUCACGUCUGAUACCCGUUUGCAGGAAAUUAAGCAUAGAAGCAUCGCCAAUUUUGCAGACACUUGUUUGAGUGUUAGGUUCGAGUUUGGGGCCAAUCUUGCAACAAACGAAGGACCAUAUUCACAUCCCAUAGGGCCGUGUAACGAGGUUGUGGCGGACGUGCAAAUUUUAUGCCCCGUAGGAGACGACAGAUCCAUAAGUGCUUCCCAGCCGGGAAACCUUCCCAACCAGUGUGCCCAGCUGAAAUCGCUGACCUGUAGACAUUUAUGGUGCGAUAAGCCAAGCCUUGAUCAUAAAGGGUAGUAAGGAAACCCAAAACCUGGUUUAUAGGAGCACGUAUGGGAUCCACGUGCCGUUCCACGCACCAACUACACCAUGUGUUCCAGGCAUGGGCAUAGGAACGUCUUGUCCCUGGGGCCCAAGCUCCUGCCAAUAAGUCCAAAGUUGCUUGUGAAACAUUCGGCAUGGUCCAGGGUCCCCGGAGAGGAGCCAUGUGAGGAGUCUGAGAUGACCUUGCACCAGAAGUGGAUGAGAGUUCCCAUCGGGGUCUGAUAAUAAUUCCGUGCUCCCUGGAAUCAAUCUGGGGAGGUCGAUUGACAUUUCCAUGAGCGAAGGGAACCAUGGCUGUGCUGUCCAGAACGGUGUUAUCAAAACCAACGAAGCUCGGGAGCGCUGUAAGUGUAGGAGAGUUCGCGCUAUGAGUGAGAAAGGGGGGAAGGCGUAUAGCCUGGUGUUCGGCCAAUUUUGUAGGAAGGCAUCCACUGCCGUGGCGUCUGGGUCCGGUCUCCAGCUGAAGAAUGAGGGGAGUUGAGCAUUCAGUCGGGAGGCAAAAAGGUCGAUGUGCAUCGGUCCCCAGAGUUGGUGGAGCUUCUGGAAUACUGUGCGAUUCAAUCGCCAUGCACUGUUGUCUCGUAAAUGCCUGGAGUGCCAAUCCGCUACGGUGUUGGAGAGGCCUGGGAGGUAUUCCGCCUGUACGGAUAUGUUGCGACUCAGGCAGAAAUGCCAGAAUUCUUUCGCCAAGUUCGUGAGGGUUGAGGACCUUGUGCCACCCAAGUGGUUGAUGUAGCGGACGGCUGAGACAUUGUCCAUGCGCAGGAGUAUGGAACAAUUGGUCGUGUGUCCGAGGAGGCUCCGUAGGGCGAAUGACCCAGCCAGGAGUUCCAAACCAUUGAUGUGGAGUUCUUUUUCUUCGGAAGACCAUUUUCCACCUGUAGAGGUAGGACCACAGCGGGCCCCCCAAUCUGCUCGCGUCGGAUUCUAUGACUAGAUCCGGAGUGGCGCCGAAGAUUGCCUUGCCGUUCCAUGCUUCCAUGUGUUGAAGCCACCAUGCCAGUUCCUCUUUUGCCGCGCAGUCUAGAGGUACAGAAUCUGAAUAGGAGUGACCCAAGCGUAGGUGAGUUGCCUUGAGUUGUUGUAGGGAUCUGUAGUGGAGAGGGCCUGGGAAGAUCGCUUGUAUAGAGGCCGAGAGCAGGCCAAUUAUCCUGGCUAGCUGUCGGAGGGUUAAGACUGGUCGAGUCAACGUCCUCCGGAUUUCCUUCUUGAUAAGUUUUACUUUCGCGGUAGGAAGACUGAGCGUUCCGUGUACUGCGUCUAUAUCGAAGCCUAAAAACUCUAUCGAGUGUGAAGGUUGUAGGAUCGAUUUGUCCCAAUUGAUUAGGAAACCUAGGUUUUGCAAAAGGGUCACUGUCCAGAAUAGGUGUUGAUUCAGUAGCUGUGUGUCUUGAGCCAUGAUCAGCAUGUCGUCGAGGUAUAUGAUCAGACGUACACCUCUGCUGCGAAGGAGGGCAACUACCGGUUUCAGCAGCUUGGUGAAGCACCACGGGGCUGAAGACAGGCCGAAAGGGAGGCAGCGGAAACGCCACAUCGUCUGUUCCCAUUGGAAUUGCAGUAAUUGCUGACAGUCCUCGGCAAUCGGUAUUGUGAGGUAUGCAUCCUGGAGGUCCAACUUUACCAUCCAGUCUCCCAGUCUUAGUAGGUCUCGGAGGCAGUGUAUUCCUUCCAUCUUGAAGUGAUGGUAUGUGACAAAGGCGUUGAGAGGCCGCAAGUUUAUUACUGGCCUCGUGCCUCCACCUUUCUUGGGUACUAGGAAGAUGUUGCUUAGGAACCCGGGGGCGGUAAUGGGAACCCUGUAUAUCGCACAUUUUUUCUCCAGUGUGCGAAUCUCUUUUAACACUAGUUGUUUGUCUAGUGGGGAAAAAACAAUCCGAUGUGGCAAUGAGAGUUGAAUCGGCUGUUGUGUAAAUUCGAUGUGAUAGCCGAGGAUGGUCUCUAGGACCCAUGUAUCUGAGGUUAGGUUGUGCCACGCAUCCUGGAAAUGAAACAAUCUGCCCCCCACAGGUACAAAGGGAAAGGUGCGUAAUGUGGAGUGACUCACCAUAAGGCCGACGGCCAUAGGAGGAUCCCCUGGUUCCGCGUGGAUGCCAUGAUCUGCCCCUGGUCGGGAAGAAUGGUGAUUGUGCCCUCGGUUCGGGUGGGUGGAACCGUGGUGUGGCGGAGCCUCGAUAGCCCCGGAACUGAGUCCGGGAGGGGCGGCCGGACAGACGGCCCCGCUGUCUGCCGGCCCCCCCGAAAACCUUUUGCGAGAACACUCGCUUCAUAUUAUGUUGUGCCUUAUCUAGUGCCGUAAAUGUGUUUACGUAAUUACCCAGGGUCUUAACAAAAUUGUCUCCGAAUAAGAGACCUUUUGCCUGUGUUCCAGGCUCAGAGAUUGCCAAAUGCACUAGUUUUGGCUCGAUUUUCAUCAAUAUGGCUUUACGCCUUUCUGUGGCCAAAGCGGUGUUGGCAUUUCCUAUUAGGCAUAUGCCCCUCUGAAUCCAGCCUCUGAUGGCCAUCAAGUCAAUUGGGGUCCCCCCAGUAAGGGCCGCUUCGACCAUAUCGAAGAUUUUAGCUAUAGGCCCGAGUAUGUCCAGGAUCUUGUCCUGGCAGUGUUUUAAGGAGUAGUCCAAACCCUUCUUGGCCCUCCAACCUGACUUACCCAGGAAUUGGGCGACCUUGGGAUCCACUUCAGGGGUCACGCAAGCCAUGUCUGGGACAGUGGGCCUUGGGCAUUCCGCCCUCAGUUUGCUUCUUGUGGCCUUGUCGAGGGGUUUUCUGACCCUAGUCGCAAUAUAAACGGCCACAUGAGUUGUGGGGUACCACUCCGCUGAACGCGGAUUAUGCAAGGUGUCGGGAUCAAAAAGGGGUUCCCCUUGGGGGUCUAAUACAGCGGACUCAUCCGUCUCGCGCUCCGCGUCUAAAGCUGGAGGCGCGGUGUCGCUGCGUUCGGGGGACGAAUUGUCUGAAUUAAUUGGGUCGAUGUCAUCGGACCCAUCUGAUACCUCCUCUGAGUCCGAGUCGGAGUCGGACGGAUCAGAUAGGGCUUUUGCCCUCUUCCAAGUCCGCACCGUUUUUGCCCGGCGGGGGGCUCUUUUACGUGGGAGCACCACGUCAUCAAUUUCAACAGGGCGCAACCUGUCCGUCUUACUGGUUCUGGAGGUAGCACCUGACAGAUGGUGCGAUUUGCACGUAGCCUUGCGGCCGCUAGGGACCAUAGGCUUGCUAUCAGUGGAUAUAGGGGGUGCCGAGCCCGGGUUGUGACCGGAUGCCCUAAUAGCAGAGGAAAUAGAGUGGGACAGGGUGUCCGACAUCGCCCCCAUGGCGGUAAAAAUGGCCUGUGUAACAGACCUACUCAUCGUGGCAUCCAGGAGCGCCUGGAACUCCUCUGAGUUCACGUGCUCCUGGGAUGCGUCCCCAACUCCCCCAAUGACAGCAGCGUCUGUAGACAUGGCUGUCUUAUCACGCUUGCUGGGUUUAGUAGAGGUGGGAGGGGGGGUAACUGUCUUUUUAUCAGCAGGGGACUGCAUAGUGAUCAGGAAUGUGCACAGUAACAGUAGAGGGAGGCACUGAAAUAAACCGUCACUAUUGGACAAAAUGCACACUUUCAACACUGCAGAGGUUAAUAAAACCAGCAGUAUAGGGCAAGUGGCUGAGCACUUGAGUUAAAUUUAAGGCAGGCACAGUUAUAAAGAGGCACAAAGUAUUUUUGGCACAUAUAAUAUGGCAGCUUACCGAGUGUUCCCUCAGGAAUGACUCCUGGGGGACACUGGUAAGCUGCCCAACACUUCCCUCACCCAAUCAGCUCGCGCCCCUCCCUGUCAGAGUGGCGCGGACCGCGGGCGAAAAGAGCGGCAAAAUUGCCCUCAGUUAAGAUGGCCGCCGCGAUGCGCGAGUGCGGACCGCGCAUGCGCGAGCGGCAGAAACGGCCGCCAAAGAAACAGCCGCCCGCCCGGCGGCGAAACUGCUCGUUCCGGGCCGGGGGGGGUGAGGGGGGGUGGGGAGAGGAUGCCUGAGUGACCCCCACCCGGGGAAGUGGAAUGAGGGACGGGUUAUAAACAACCCGAAAACGGCAGUGCAGGAUGGGGCUUGCCUCAGGGAGGAGGCAAGCACCCUGCACUGGGAAACAGAGUAAAACAAACAGUAGUCAAAUACACAUACAAAUUGAAUAUUAGACAAAGAAAAACUGAUAUUUAAAAUGAACAGUAGAAAACAAUAAUAAUAUGAAUCAGGAGAAAACUGAACAACACAAUAUUUGAGGAGCUGAAAAUAUGUGGUACUUAGCUGAGGCAGCAGCAAAGAAAGAGGAAGUAGUUUACCUCACAUGAAGGGAUAUAGUACAAGGACUGAUCCUAUUGGUUAAUGGAUAUGGAAUGUUAUAUGGUUAACCCUUAAGGGUAUUUGUUUUAUCUUUUUGUUAUUGCUAUAUUAAAAAUAUCAAUAUCCUUUCUUUGCUGCUGAGGAAUAAAGAAAGAGAUAAAGCCUAAUAAGAGCCUCCGUGUCCUUUAAUAAAAUUUUGGUUGUCUGGGUACAUGUAACUGCUAGGAUUGGCUGUGUAAUAGAAACAUAGAAUGUGACGGCAGAUAAGAACCAUUCGGCCCAUCUAGUCUGCCCAAUUUUCUAAAUACUUUCAUUAGUCCCUGGCCUUAUCUUAUAUCUAGGAUAGCCUUAUGCCUAUCUCACGCAUGAAUAAACUCCUUCCCUGUGUUAACCUCUAUGCAUGUACAUGUAACUGCUAUGGUUGGCUGUGUCUGGGUACCCAUGGCUGGCUAUAUCUGAGAAGAUGUGGCUGCCUCUGUGUGGUGUAUCUAUACCUGUGUACAGGUGCUAUUGCCUGCCCUUUCAGAGUGCUUAUAGUCACUGUGCCUGUCUAUGUCUAGGUUUAUACGACUGCCUGUGUCUGGCUGUUUAUAGGUACUUGGCCCAUUGCCAAAGAUCACAUUACCCAUAAGAAAAUAGUCAUUACAUUAUCUUAUUUAGAACUUUAACACUAUGGUGAAUAAAAAAAAUAAAUAAAAACAAGACGAAAGCAAUAGAGGUACAAAAAUUAUUCAUUUGAAAGCAAAACCUGCAGAGUUUGCUCUUUGAUACACAGUGAACAGCAGGGGGAAAGCAUACCCCCAGAACAAGUAAGUCUCUGGCAGAUGAUUAGCCCUAUGCCCCUGGUCUAACGCUCUUUACAGAAUGUGACUGCGUGGAGAGGUGUAUCGUUUACGCCUUCUGUAACCUAGAUGCUCUGUUUGUCUUGUUUCUCCAAUGACUGCCGUCCGCUAUCGGCGAGCAGGCUUGCCGGUAUUGGAAUACCUUCUCCUGACUUCCUGAGUUAAAGUAUUUAGAUGGUGUUUCUUAUUCCCGCCAGGUGUGAAUGAGCAAGGAGGACGCGCCCGCUGCCCUUGCUGACACUGUUCUACGUUUCCUGUGCCAUGAUGACAUAAACACCGUGAAAGAGCUAUGUGCCGACUGGUUCCCCAUCGAGUACGUUUGAUUUAGUUUUUUUGUGUGUAUUUUAUUGGGUUUUCUUUUUCUCGUUUGUGAGAUUCUAACGCAUGGUUUAGAUGGGUCGCCAUGUGCCAUUGAAUCAUAGUUAGUGCCGCUGGGUGUCCAUGUCUACACCAGGUUUUGCUUGCUUUUAUCACUGCAGCUGUUGUGGUCUAUGUUACUAAAGAUGCCCAGCCAGCCCAUGAAAGCCGGAGUGCCAAACAUUGUCAUCUAUUCUCCCUCCGCAGGUACCCGGAUUCCUGGUACAGAGACAUCACAUCCAACAAGAAAUUCUUCUCUUUGGCUGCCACGUACCAUGGACAAAUCAUGGGCAUGAUUGUGGCCGAAAUAAAGAGCAGGACCAAAGUGCACAAAGAGGUGGGAAACAUGAAUAGAUUGCUUUGCAGUCGGUGAAGGCUCACCAUGCUGUGUGUGUAAUCAGGCCACAGGAAGGUGUAAAGCUAUGUUCAUCACUCAAAGAAAAAUUCAAAAAGGGUCAACUUGAUUUGUCUCUGUUUUGCAGGACGGUGACAUUUUGGCUUCUAGCUUCUCCGGUGACACACAAGUAGCUUAUAUCCUCAGUCUUGGAGUGGUUAAGGAGUUCCGCAAGCAGGGAAUUGGUGAGGAAAUGGAACAGUGUGUAAACUGAUAUCAUCAGCCAAUGUGAUAAGAUAAUCUCUUUACUAAGACUGUGUAUGUCUCAUCUAUUUCAUUUAGAAGGAGCUGGUUCCGUUUUAAAAGUAGCAAUAUGUGCUCAGCUUACUUGAUGUUUUUGAAGGUUUUGGUAAAUAGAUUCUAUUUAUUAGAUUCUUGUCCUGAAAAUAAUGCAACAGUAGAGCAAGGACGAUCAUAUCAAUUUGCGAUAUGUACGAUCCUGUUCUCUUUUUCAUUAACAUGCUGGCUAAUAAUGCCUCACAUUUUUUGCAUUUUCAUAAAGUCUUGGUAUGUAGCCAGGACCUGUGGUAUGAGGUGUUAAGUAGUUUCAAAAGUUCUCUCCAUGAACUGGUGAUUGUUUUUAAGUCUGAGGGGUCUUGAGUUUGUUUUAUAUGCUGUCUCAAGGUUGUGCAUGUCUUGGAGCAAUCGGGAGAUCUGGGCAGUUCAUGUCUUCUUUAGAGCAGUGCUUGUAGAAAUAAAGUACCCGCUUAGUAUGCACUUGUGGGCUUCCCACAGAGGCAGUGGUGUGAUGCCCUCUGUGACGUUUUCUGUGAAGUAUUGGGUAAAUCUAGUUUGGGUUUCCUGAGUUAUUAAUGUGUCUGUGAGAAGAGAUUCAUUGAGCCUCCAGUGGGGGUCCCUUGUUAUGGAGAUGUCAGCAUCACGAGGACUGGAGCGUGGUUGGACCAAGUGACUGUGUCUAUUUGGACCUGUUUCAUGUCAGUCAGGUGAUAGUGGGGGAGAAAAAAAAAAUCAAGUUUGGAGUAAGUGUUGUUUGGAGUGGAUUAAAAUGUGUAUUUGCUAUCUAUGGUGUGUAGUGCUUUACAGCAAUCUACCAGUCGGUGUUCGUGUAAAUCCAUGCGUAAUAACAGCAGUAUAUGGACUUAAAGGGUUCCCGAUGAAGAGUCCAGCAAGGGGAGCAGUGCCCUCAUGAUCAGGCAUACCACCAUACCACUAUAGCACGAGAGAGCUCAUAGAGUUGAUUUCAGAAACCUAUGCCGUCUGCAGUUUGGUAGGUAUACGUUUGUGAGGGUGUAGGUUUUGACUAAUGUCUUGCCUUUUACGAAGACAUACCGUCCCUCUCUGUCUACCAUAGCACCGGUGUGAAUUGGAAGGACUUAUGAAUAAGAAUGGCCAUUCCUUUUGGAUUUGUUCUUAGGAUUUUUGCUUGUGUAACCAUCUGUGCAUUGGUGGAUGGCCAACGUAGGGGCACUGCCUUCCCUGCAGCGUGUCUCUCUGUAUAUAAACAUGUGCCACUUGGUUCUUAAAUUGUCUAAGGGCAUGAGAGCGUAUAUCUGGUAUAUGCAGGCCCUUAGCGUUGAUCGAUAGUACGUUGUGUGGCCGGUUUGAAGAGUUGCUUAGGAGUCAUUGGAGUUGGGCAAGUUCUGCAGGUGAGGAGAGUGAUGGGGUCUGUUACUCAACAUCCCAAGUGGAACGAAAAUCCCUGCGUGUAUACAAAGGAAAAUACAAAAAAAAUAACUAAAUGUAAAAACAAGGAUAGGGCGUCGGCAGGAGCGGUAGCCCCGUGCACUAACCAGUCGGCCCAUGGGAACUGUUCUCAACCAAGACUAGGGAGCCUCUGUGACAGAUCCAGCAAAGGUCCAGUGGCAAAAAGAAAUGGGCACACGAGACACUCCCCAUGUUCCCUUGGUCCCGGCUAUCCCUUGUGCAUUGACUCUGAAAGCAAAUGUCCGUGUCACAAUUGCUCAUUCAAUAGAAUGUCAAGGAAAAGGGUCCUAUUAGGACCAUUGCAUCUCCUUUGUUUUUAGCGUCCUGCAUGAGUCGCUCCCACAGCUCUGCCCGUAAGAAACCCUUACCUUCAUCUCUCCUGAGGGUAAUACCCACCCAUUGGCCUGUUACGUCCUAAUGGCUUUCGGUUUUGGCCUUUUUCUAUUUUUGUAAAUACAUACUUAAAGUGAGAACAGUCACUUUCGAAGAUUUUAGUUAUGAAACUUUAAUACUCUGUUUUACAGUUAGAGGCCUAGAUACUAGUUAAUGGGUUAUUUCAUGCAACUGUGAGCUUAAAACGAAUUGUCAAAACUUGGAGCAGAAUACCUGAGUUUUGGAAAAAUCGUCAAGAUUGUCACAUUGAAGAUUUUCUUAAUUUUUUUUUUAAUGCAACACAGCUGUCAGUUUACUGAUUAAGCGCAUAAAACAAAACAAUUUAUUGUUUUUUAUACACAGUAGGCCAAUGAGUACAUUUUUUGGAUAUCUGAUAAUGAUGGGAGUGAUGCCAAACACAAAGCCUAGAAAAAUCUGGGCAUGAGACACAGCCUCGUAAAUCUAGGUCUAUUGGUCGUUUUGAAUAAAUCAUGCUGGCUGAGAUCACUUCAAAUAUAACACAGGCUGGUUUGUGUCAAAGCAAAGUAUGUUUUGAUUAAUUAUUUUCUUUUAAUUUAGGGUGCCCAUCCUUGGACUAAAGUGUACUAGAGAGAACGACAUGCCUGAGUCCAUUUAAACAAUAUAAAUUCCCCAGCAGGUGAAAUCCUUUAUAUGUAUGGAGAGCUAUGACAUGGAAGAACACAAAGGAUUUAUUCACUAAAUAGUGAAUUGUAAUGAAUUAACAACAGAAUUAGCAAAUUGAGGCUGAAAUAGCCAAUCUGUAACUAUAACUGAGUUAGAGGAUUUCUAUCAAGUCUGCAGUCUCCCCCCCACACCCCCUGUUUUGGUAAUUUAGUUAUCUUUUCACUGCAGUUUGGUAUAUAAUGGAUAAACUCCUCUUUUUGACCUUUGAUUCUUUGCUCAGGUUCUCUGCUAUUGGAGAGUUUGAAGAGCCACAUUACUAGUACAGCCCAGGAUCACUGCAAAGCCUUGUACUUACACGUCCUGACCACCAACAGCAGCGCCAUCCGCUUCUACGAGAAUCGUCACUUCCACCAGCACCACUACCUGCCCUGCUAUUACUCCAUCCGAGGUGUACUGCAAGAUGCAUACACUUAUGUCUUGUACCUCAACGGAGGACACCCGCCGUGGACAGUCAUAUAUCCUUUAUGGAACUUUGUCUGCUGCACCCCUUUCUGUCUUACUCAAGGAAUGGUUUUCUGUCUACCCUACUCUGCUAUUUGCUGUUAAGGAACCCCAGUCUAUCUUCCAUUCCACCUUUCAUUACCACACAGUGUUUUAUUCCUAGACCAGAUUUAGUAAGAAUUGAAUGUUGGACAGUGGAAUGCGUAGGGCAACCUGCAUCUCUUGCACACUGUCUUGAUAAUACGACUACUUAAUCUUGAAGUUUUAUUCUUCCAACUUCUGUUCUUUAGUCGAUUUUCUUCUACUCUCCCCCUGUUUGUUAUUCAUUCCUUCCAUACAGGCUGAAUGCACGUGUCUUUUUCUUUAACCUCCCAGCACGGAUUAUUUGCAGCACUUGGGUUCCGCUCUGGCCAGUCUAAGUCCUUGUUCCCUGCCACAAAGGAUCUACCGUCAGGCACACUCGCUACUACGCAACUUCCUUCCCUGGUCCCCCAAGAGUGGGAUUGAGUACAGUCGUACAAUGUGACCACAGGUAACUAAACUAAACUUAUAUCUACAGUAAUCAAGUUAGAUCCGGUUCUGCUUUGAUCUGUUUAUAUUCUAACUCUUACUCUUUCUAACUCCUUCUUGAUCACAUGAUUUUGUCCAUAUUUCCUUCUGCCUACUGUAACAGUUAAUAGGCCCAAAUCAGCAUCCUUGGUACCCCAUGUGUACUGUCAUUUUUAAGCCUUGACCAAUACAUUCAAUAAAAUUCCUUGUUAUUUAUUCACUAAAGAGUCGAUUUCCGUCCCUCUGGACAGACUGACCUUGGCUGUAGCAAAUUAAUGUGUCUAAGUUUGUUCUACAGAUUCCAGAUAUCACGUUUUUUUUUUUUAAAUCCUUGUGUAUACUAAGCUUUGUCAGGUUGUACAUUUGUGGUCACAACUUGUUUCAGCAUGAGACCUCACUCAUAUACAAGCGGACACUUCCUUUACCUACUUUAAUUCAGUGGUAUUUCUCUCUUGUUACAGGGUGUGAGCUUCGUUACACAAGAACAUGACCUGUGGGCAUCCCAGUUUGUCUCCCUGCCCCUUCCGUCAGUCUCAACAUCUCCACCCAUGGGAACAGAACAUUGACCCACUUUCUUAGAGGACUGGUGCUGAAUAUUGCCCUCCUUCGUACAGGGUCCUGAUCUAAUCCCAGCAUGGAUCUGUAGGGUUUAUCACAGGGUCAAUAUUCUUGGCUGUCUAUGCCCUGAAUUUUUAUUUACAUGCAAACAUACACAAAAAUACCCUAUAUGGACUCUGAAUGGGUUCCAACGAAAGGGAUGCCACUUAUUCCUUUUUACUGUUUCUCCUGCUUGUAACUGCUGCUUCCAUGUAAAUUCUCCCCAAAUCAUCCUCUUUAUUUCCGUAGCCUGUUAACCUUUUUAGCGCUGCUCCUGUAACAAAAAGAAAGAGGAUGUAUUAUUAAUAGGUUCUCAUUUUGCAGCCUGGCGCUGCAUGUUUUUCUUUCUUCGGUUUUUUAUGUUUAUGGCUGAAAUACGUCAAAGUCGUUAUUGUGACACUUGCACGGGGUGUCUCAAGCAGAUUGAGUGGAAGACUGUGAACCCAGUCCUCAUUCACAGCCUGGGAGCAUAGCAUUUCUUUACUAUGGC